CGUCUACCGGCGGGUUCUUUUCAGUCUUGCACGACAACCCGCGAGUUCCACAUUACCGGCGGUAGUGGACAUCGGGUUUUAUUCUCCCGAUAUUUAACACGCUCAGCGUGUUUGUUCGUUAGUUGUUUGUUUUUUUUUUUCUAAUAAUUUUAUAAAAUAUAAUACACUAACAAAACUUAAAAGAAAAAAAUAUUUAAUAAAUAUAAUCGUAGUUUUUAAAUCGCUUAAAUUUUUUUACUAAUUUUUUUUUCUAAAACCGUAUUGUGUAGUGCAUCGAGUAAAAGUGAUACGUUAUAUUAAUAUAACUAUAAUCGUUUAUUUAUAUUUUGUGUUCGCGUUUAUUCGCACUGUGUGAUACACUAUAAUGUACAUCGAACACACGUGACAGAAAAUGCCAAAUUACGUGAAAAUGAAAUGCAUCCUGCCUGCAGUGUUAUGGCUGUGGCAACUCCUAAGUUUGGUAAAUGCUCAAGGCGGAAUUGGAUAUGGAAUAAAAAGAGAGAUAUUCUUUUUGAACUUGGAAGACGGAUACUUUGGAUGUCAAGUGAAUGAAUCUACGACGGUAUUGCAGUUGUAUGAGCUUUCCAGGCUAUGCGAUGGCAAACAAGACUGUUACAAAGGGUCCGAUGAACUGAGACGAGAACUCAAGUGCACGAACGACUGCGAGGCUAAAGAAGGAACGCCCUGUCAGAACGGCGCGUGUCUCGACUCCCUUUGCCAUUGUAACGACGGAUACGGUGGAUGUUCGUGUCAAGUGCCAGACGAGAACGAAUGCAAGUACAGGCCGUGCGACGUGUUCGCCCACUGCACCAACUCGCUGGGCAGCUUCACGUGUUCCUGUUUUCCAGGAUACGUCGGCGACGGGUUCCACUGCCAAGAUAUCAACGAAUGCGAGGAUCCAGCCAUCGCUAGUAGAUGCGUACAAAACGCCGAAUGCUGUAACUUGCCGUCUCAUUUCUUGUGCAAAUGCAAGCCCGGAUACGUCGGCGAUGGCGAAGUCGAGUGCAAAGACAUCGACGAGUGUUUGAGACCGGACGCUUGCGGCAACAACGCGAUUUGCAGGAACACGCCGGGAAACUACACGUGCGACUGUCAACAAGGAUUUGUGGGCAACCCGUACGACGGGUGUGUGGACGUAAACGAGUGUAGUUUGCCGAAUGUUUGCGGUCCCGGUUCUCUGUGCACAAACUUCCCGGGCGGACACCACUGUGAAUGUCCGGAAGGGUACACGGGCGAUGCGUACGGAGCCGGAUGUCACGAUGUGGACGAAUGUUCGCGGUCGCCCUGCGGCAAAGACGCGCAGUGCCACAACAACGAAGGCAGUUUCCGGUGUUCCUGUCCUCCGGGAUUCGUCGGCGACCCGUUCCACUCUUGUAAAGACGUGGACGAGUGCGAGUCUUCUCCGUGCGGCCCCAACGCCGUGUGCGCGAACGCGGCCGGCAACUACACGUGCUCCUGCGCGACCGGAUAUGCCGCGUCCGCGGAGGAAAUGAGAUCCGGAAGUGGAUGCGCGGACGUCAACGAGUGCGUGGCGCCAUCCAGCCCGUGCGGGAUCAACGCCAAAUGCACCAACGUCCCUGGAUCGUACACCUGCCAGUGUCCGCCCGGGUUCACCGGGUCCGCGAUAGAUCACUGCCAAAACGUCAACGAAUGUGAGCAUGCGCCGUGCGGAAACAAUACUAUUUGCACGGAUACCGUCGGGAGUUUCGUCUGUUCGUGUAAAGAAGACUACACAGGCGACCCAAUGAAAGGAUGCCAUGAUAUCAACGAAUGCGAAAUCUUUAGCAAGCCAUGUGGUCCUAACGCGGUCUGUGAGAAUACCAGCCCCGGAUUUAAUUGUCUUUGCCCGCAAGGAUAUUCUGGAAAACCGGACCCAAAAGUGGCCUGCGAACAAGUCGACGUGACAGUUUUAUGUAAAUCCAACUUUGAUUGUACCACUAAUGCUGAGUGCACCGAAGGUCAAUGUUUUUGUAAGAACGGGUUCGACGCCAAAGGAUCAGUGUGUGUAGACAUUGACGAAUGUCUUGCUCAGCCAUGUGGACCAUAUUCGAUGUGUUCAAACACCCCCGGUGGAUUCCAUUGUCAAUGUCAAACAGGAUACGUGGGUGCUCCACCGAGAAUACAGUGCAAAGCUCCUUGUGAAGACGUCAAAUGUGGAACACACGCUUUUUGCAAACCUAACGGUCAAGAAGCGUACUGUAUAUGUGAAGAGGGGUGGACAUACAACCCAAAUGAUUUAUCUUUAGGAUGUGUUGAUAUCGAUGAAUGUGACAAAGUAAAUGGACCGUUUGGACGGUGUGGAGGAAAUACGUUAUGUACAAAUACACCGGGAAGUUUUGGGUGUCAAUGUAAACCUGGAUUUACUGGAAAUGCGUUCAAACAGUGCACUGAUAUAAACGAAUGUACUGACACCAACAGUUGUGGAAAAGAUGCUCUAUGUAUUAAUUUACCUGGGUCGUUUGAUUGCGUUUGUCCCGGAGGUUCCAUACCCGAACCAGAUCCGUUUAUUAAGUGUACCAAAGCUAUAAACUGCACGGCUGAUAACCAAUGUCCAGGAAAUUCUGUUUGCAGUAAUCAAAAGCGUUGUUUCUGUCCCGAGCCGAACGUCGGUGAUGAUUGUAGACAUCCAUGUGAAGAUGUGCAAUGUGGUCCCAAUUCUGAGUGUAUGUUACUCAACAAAGAUGCUCAGUGUCUAUGUUCGGCUGGAUACACAGGAAAUUCAAACACAGGAUGUACAGAUAUUGACGAAUGCAAGGGUAAUCCUUGUGGCCCAGGAGCAGUGUGUAAUAACGAACCGGGAUCGUUUUCUUGUCAAUGUCCCGGUGGAAUAAGUGGAGACCCGUUCAGAGAAGGAUGUUCUCAAGCGAAAAGUCCUACACAAUGUAGUGCGAAAUCUCCUUGUCCGGGAUCUGAAAUAUGUGUUCAAGAUGAAUUUGUUGGUGAGAGUGUUUGCAUAUGUCAAAGAGGUUACAUAAGGGACCCAAAAACUGGCAAAUGCAGAGAUGCCAAUGAAUGUACUGAACUUAGAGACAAACCUGCCUGUGGAGUUAAUGCCGUAUGUAAGAAUCUUCCUGGCAGUUACGAGUGCCAGUGUCCUCCAGGCUUCAACGGGAACCCUUUUUCCAGCUGUGAAGAAUGCAAUUCAUUAGAAUGUCAAUGUAGACCACCGUAUCAAAUUGUUAACGGGGAAUGCACAUUGGCGGGUUGUAAUAAAGGAAAAUGUCCAGCCGGCGCUGAGUGCAUGUCUAUUGCUGGCGGAGUAAGCUAUUGUGCUUGUCCAAAAGGAUAUAGACCUAGAGAAGAUGGAUCAUGUUAUGAUGUUGACGAAUGUGAAGAAAAAAUACAUUCAUGUGGAUACGGUGCAGAAUGUAUCAAUAAACCCGGUACACAUGAAUGUUUAUGCCCUGAUGGUUAUAGUGGAGAUCCACACCAUGGAUGUUCUCGUAGUCAAAAGAAAUGUAUAAAAGAUUCCGAUUGCUUAUUAAACGAAAAUUGUAUUCAACCAGGAGUUUGCGUUUGUCCCGUACCAUACUAUACCGAUGUUCUCGACAAUGAUCGUUGCAAAAGUCCUUGUGAUCGAUUUCCGUGUGGCGUGAAUGCACAAUGCACGCCAAGUGAUCCUCCAAAAUGCUUGUGUCUACCUGGAUAUAAAGGAGAUCCUUUGCAUGGUUGUGAGGAUGUCGACGAAUGUAAAGAUAAUCCGUGUGCUCUAGGAUCACAAUGCAUAAAUGAAAAAGGCCAUUACAAAUGUAUUUGUCCACUCGGUACAAACGGUGAUCCUUACUCUGUUGGAUGUUUAGGAAAAGAAGCACCAGAGUUUGAAUGUUCAACGGACGACGAAUGCGUCGCUCAAUUAGCAUGUGUCAAAGGAACUUGUACAAACCCUUGUAGUCUUUUACCUUGUGGUCAAAAUGCUUACUGUGAAUCUGAAAAACAUGCUGCGUGGUGUAGAUGUAGUGCUGGUUAUGUAGAGUCUAUAUUUGGUGAAUGUGUGUCACCGUGUGACGGAUAUAUUUGUGGCCACGGUGCACAAUGUAUAGUGUCGGCACAAGGACCUACAUGCAAAUGUUUAGAAGGUUCUAUUGGUAAUCCAUUUGCUGGAGGCUCUUGUGAGCCUGAUGUUUGCUCAAGCACCAGUCUUUGUGUCGCACCUAACAUUUGCGUUGCUGGACGAUGCAAAGAGAAAUGUCAAGAUCAUUUCUGUGGUAUUGGGGCUAGUUGUAACCACGAAACUAACGAAUGUGUUUGUAAUCCAUUGUUCAUUGGAGAUCCAAAUUACUUGUGCAUGCCUCCUAUCACAAUGCCUUCAUGUUAUCCUGGAUGUGGAAUUAACGCACAUUGUGAAUAUGAUGUGUUGAACGAAAAUAAAUGUGUUUGCAAUUCUGGAUUCAUAGGAAAUCCAUAUCAUGAAUGUGAUUCUCAAUCUAAAAAAUCUUGUUCAAAUAUGACAUGUGGAACUGGUGCAUUGUGUAAAGAAAAACUAAAUUCUAUUGAAUGUAACUGUCCAUCAGGAUUUAAAGGAAAUCCCUAUGUUCAAUGUGUUGAUAUUGACGAAUGUUUGAUUUCGGCUUGUGGUAACAAUGCGGUUUGUAUCAACACAAUUGGAAGUUACGAUUGUAGAUGUAUUGAAGGUUACGUGGGAAAUCCAUUUUUAGAAUGUUCAGCUAAGACACCACAAAUUUGCUACGACCCAUUAACUUGUCAAUGUUCAAAAAAUGUCCCAUGUCCAGUCGGAUUUGCUUGUAAACAUGGAAAAUGUGAAAACCAAUGUGAUAAUAUCAAGUGUGGUCUUAGAGCAGGAUGUGUAUUUGGGAAAUGUGUAUGCCCACCAGGGUUGAUUGGCGAUCCUUACAAUUUUAAAACCGGGUGUAAAGCUCAAGGCCAAUGUACAAACGAUGGUGAUUGCAAAGAUACAGAAAUAUGUUUCCAUAUAAACAAAGAAGCAAGGAAAUGUGUUGAUGGAUGUAGUAAAUUACAGUGUGGACCCAAUGCAGUUUGUGUAACAGAAGGCCAUCGAUCAUCGUGCAUUUGUACCGAAGGAUAUUUUGGAAAUCCUGGAGACUUAUACCAAGGUUGUAAACUCGAAAGAGUGGCACCUAAAGGAGAAUGUAGAACAGACAAAGACUGCAAUUCGACCAGCAAAGUAUGUUCUAUAAUAUCAGAUGGGAUAUCUUCUUGUGUUAGUGCAUGUACUCGAGUAGCAUGUGGGCCAGAUGAGAUUUGUUUACUAGAAAAAAAUGGUGCACCCGUGUGUUCAUGUCGUCCGGAGUUUGUAUGGAAUCCAGUUAUAUCUAAGUGUGAACAGCCUUCGUUGCCUGACUGUUCAGUCGACGUUGACUGUAAAGAUAAUGAAUCAUGUAAACCUGAUGCGUUGGGAGUAUUAAAAUGCAUAUCAGUAUGUAUUGAACUAACAUGUCCAUUCAAUUCAAUAUGUGUUGCUAAUAAUCAUGAAGGUAGCUGUCAAUGUAUGCCAGGGUAUGUAGGAAACACAAAUGAUCGAAAUGGGUGUCACCCUGUGAAGAAAAAUAGUUGCCAACAAGACGUUGAAUGUUUGCCGACCGAAGCUUGCUUGGAAGAUCCAGUAAACAAGUUAAAAUCAUGCAAACCAGUGUGUGAUCAUACAGUAUGUGGCCUAAAUUCUAUUUGCGUAGCAAAUAAUCAUGUAGCUCAAUGUCAAUGUCCUCCUGGUACAUUUACUGGUGACCCGUAUGACUCAAAUGGUUGCCAAGAAGUUUCAUGUGUAUAUAACGAUGAUUGUCCACAAACACAAGUUUGCAACAGACAAUCACAUUCGUGCAUGAAUGUAUGUGACAAAGAUACUUGCGGAACUAAUUCAGUAUGUCUUGCUGAUGGACAUAAGUCAGUAUGCCAAUGCCCACCUGGUUUUAAACCUAAUCCUGUUCCUGAAAUAUCUUGCGAAGCCACAGAAGUAUGUGAUGAAUCUACGUGUCAUUUCACUGCCAUGUGUGAAUCAAAUCCUAAUUCAGGAUACAUAUGUAAAUGUCCACCUGGCCAUAUCGGAGAUGCUUAUACGGAAGGAUGUAGAGAAGAAGGAUUGUGUCCAAACGGAAAUAUCGAUUGUCCGUUGUUAAGUGUCUGCCAAUCAGGUAGAUGUGUGAAUCCGUGUGAAAAAUCUUGUGGAAUAAAUACAAUAUGCAAUAUCAUUGAAAGAAAACCCAUAUGUUCGUGUCCCGAUAAUUUUGAGCCUAUUCAUGGUGAACCAAAAAUUGGAUGUGUCAGAUCAGUUACUAAGUGCUUUAACGAUUUAGAAUGCAAAGGAGGUGUUUGUUCAAAUGGAGAGUGUAAAGUGGUUUGCCGAAACAUCGAUGACUGUUCUUCCGGUGAAAGAUGUGUACAAAACAAAUGCGAAAUUCCGUGCGCUGGACAUUCUCAAUGUAUGUCACUACAAGCGUGUAUAAAUGGAGUGUGUACACUUGGAUGUCGAAGUAAUAAGGAUUGUUUAAGCAAUGAAUCAUGCAUAAAUGCAAAAUGUCAAAAUCCAUGUAAACGUGAUGGUGUGUGUGGAAUAAAUUCAAAAUGCAGUGCUAUUGAUCAUAACGUUAUUUGCACCUGUAACAAAGGAUUCCAACCAAAUCCUGUUCCAGAAGAGUCAUGUGUGCGAUCAAACAGUAUAUGCCAUAAUAACUUCCAAUGUGGAUUAGGCCAAGAGUGCAGUGGAAACAUAUGCAAGGUUGUAUGCUUGAGUGGAAUGGAUUGUGCAGAAGGAGAACGGUGCUCAAGUAACAAAUGUGAAAAAGUUUGUUUUACUGCGAGUAAUUGUUUGACUGGAGAAGUUUGUGUGGAAGGAAUCUGUAGACAAGGGUGUUCUUUAGAUUCCGAUUGUGAUGUUAGUCAAAUCUGUAUUGGCAACAAGUGCAGAUGUGGUAGUGGUUACGAAAGCUCACCCACUGGUUGUAAGGAUGUCGAUGAAUGUACCCAAAAUCCAUGCCAUCCAAGUGCUAAAUGCUUAAAUACACCAGGAUCUUUUCAAUGUUCAUGUUCUGGUGGUAAAGUAGGAGAUCCUUACACUGAACCUGGUUGUAAUAAACCAAAUGAGUGUAAAAAUCAUGAAAACUGUGCUUCAAAUUUGGCUUGUGUAAAAGGAAAAUGCACAGAACUCUGUAAAGAUGCAUGUGGAAAUAAUGCAUUAUGUCAUAUGAUUGAACAUGUGCCAGCAUGUACUUGUCCAUCAGGAUAUUUAGGAGAUGCUUUUGAUAAAAAUAUUGGAUGCUUCAAAGUUGAGUGUCUGGUAAAUGAAGAUUGUCCAAAUGACAAAAUGUGUCAAGCCAAUAACAACAAAUGUACAAGCCCAUGUGAUUCAUUAAAUUGUGGUCAUGGCAAUUGUAAGGCGAACAAACAUAAAGGCAUAUGCACUUGUUAUAAUGGAUAUGAAUUAAAAAAUGAUAAAUGUCAAGAUGUUGACGAAUGCAAACAAAGUCCAUGUCAUAAAACAGCAAGAUGUGAAAAUACACCUGGAUCAUUUACGUGUGUCUGUCCCGACGGACUGUUGGGCAAUCCUAAUGCCGAAGGAUGUCAUUAUCCAAACAGCUGUACUGCUAACAAUGAUUGUCCAGAAAGUGCAAUUUGUCACCAAAAUCAAUGCAAGAAUCCAUGUGAAGAUAACAAAGUAUGUGGUCGUAAUGCAGUUUGCUCAGUUCAGCGUCAUGAAAUCCAAUGUCAAUGUCCUUUAAAAACACAGGGUGAUCCCAAGGUGGAGUGCUUGAAUAUUGAGUGUUCAAACAACAAUGAUUGUACUUCAGGAAAAGCUUGCGUAAAUUCCAAAUGUGUGAAUCCGUGUUCUGUACCAAAAGUCUGUGGAGAUAACACAGAUUGUAGUAUACAAAAUGAUGCUGCUAUGUGUAACUGUAAAGCCGGAUACACAGGUGACCCUCAUUUGGGCUGUACGUCAAUAUUAUACUGUGCGUCUAAUAGCCAAUGUCCCACAACAACUAAAUGUAAUAAUGGGAUAUGUACAGUGGAAUGUAACUUGGCGAGAGAUUGUGUUGGAAAUGAGCUUUGUAUCGGAAAUAUAUGUCAACCAACCUGUCAUGGUAAUACUAGUUGUCCAGAAUUUCAAUAUUGUCAAAACAAUAUCUGUGUUCAAGAGUUGCGUUGCUUUACAAAUAAUAAUUGUGAAGAUACACAAAUUUGUAAGACAAAUACAAUUGGACAGACCCAGUGUAUUGACGUAUGUGAAGAAGUGAUUUGUGGAAGGCAUGCUGAGUGUUCAGCGGUUGAUCAUCAACCAGUAUGUAAUUGUGAGCCUGGUUACCAUGGAAAUCCACACAUUGGUUGCCACAAAAUUGAAUGCUACGAAAACGAAGACUGUACAAAUGAUAAAAUAUGUGAAGAUCACAUGUGUAAAAUAUCAUGUCUUGCAAACAACCCAUGUGGACCAAAUGCUUUGUGUUCCGCGGAAAAUCACCAACAAGUUUGUUAUUGUCAACCAGGAUAUACUGGAGAUCCGUAUUUCGGUUGUGAUGUAUUGGAUUUGUGUGAAGCAGAUCCUUGUGGACCAGGAGCUAGGUGUGAUAACUCUAGGGGUUCCUUCAAAUGUCUCUGCCCACUUGGAACUGUAGGAGAUCCAUAUAAAAAUGGUUGCCAUUCACCAGUUGAAUGUCAAAUCGACGAAGACUGUCCACCAGCAGCACACUGUGUUCAAACUAAUGGUAUUCCCAAGUGUCAAGACAAUUGUGAAAAAGUCAAAUGUGGUCCGAAUGCUGAGUGUGGAACAUCAGCACAUUAUGGAUCCUGCAUAUGUCACCCAGGAUAUCAAGGAGAUCCAAAUGAUUUAAAUGUUGGAUGUAGACCAAGGGCUGUAGCGUGCACUUCUAAUCAACAAUGCCCGAGUAAUACAUACUGUUACAAUGGGGCUUGUAAAUCAUCCUGUCAAUCGGAUGCAGAAUGUGGUCUUUCUGAGCAAUGUUUACAAGGUCAGUGUAAUAAUCCAUGUGAACGACAAGGCUCAUGUGGGUUAAAUUCCAAUUGUAAUGUAAUCAAUCACGUUAAACACUGUUCAUGUCCCGCUGGUUUUACUGGUGGCAGUGAAAUUGAAUGUGUUCGAAUUCCUGUUGCUUGCGAAAUAAAUGAAAAUUGUUAUCCAAAUAGUACAUGCCAUCAAUCUGUUUGUCAACCUGAUUGUCAAGCCGACAAUCAUUGUGCGUUAAAUGAAAAAUGUUUUAAAAAUCAUUGUGCAUUAACUUGCAGAGUAGAUAACGACUGCUUUUUAGGACAUAUAUGUCUGAACAAUAUGUGUUUAUUUGGAUGCAAGUCUAACGAAGAUUGCGCUUCCGUUGAGUCUUGCAGAGAUAAUGUGUGCACAAAUCCAUGUGUGGCGAUGCCCUGUGGACCCAAUGCCAUCUGUACGGUUGCUAAUCAAAGGGCCAUGUGUUCUUGUCGCAUUGGAUUUGUCCCAAAUCCAACAGCUAAAGUUGCAUGUAUUAGAACACCUGCAGAGCCAUGUAACGAAAAUCAAGAAUGCCCGGCGGGUUACUCAUGUAAUGAUAAUUCCUGUCAACCCGUAUGUUCUUCUGAUGCCAGUUGCCAUGGAAAUGAGAAAUGCGAUAUGUCAGUAUCUAUAUGUAAACCGUUGUGCCGAAAAGACGACGAUUGUCGAAGCGGAGAAAUUUGUAAUGGAUUAGUGUGCAACGUUGGAUGUAGAAGUGAUACCGAUUGUCCACAUGAUAGAUCUUGCAUUAACAACAAGUGCAGAGAUAUGUGUGAAUCCCCGACUGCAUGUGGUGUAAACGCAUUAUGUUCAAUUUCGAACCACCAAAAACAAUGUAGCUGCCCUUUACUGCUCGAAGGUGAUCCUCUGUUCGCUUGUAGAUAUCCGAUGAUAAGCUGCAAAGGAAACAGCGAUUGUAGUUCAGGCCAAACUUGCUAUACAUCUACUUGUCAAGCAGUGUGCCGAACGGACUUGGAAUGCUUAUCUGAUGAACGGUGUCAUAACGGAAUUUGCAAGGCAGUGUGUAAUUCAGACUCUAAAUGUAGUCCUAAUCAGAUAUGUGAAAACCGUUUGUGUGUUGGAGGUUGUCACAGCGAUACUUCAUGUCCCGAUGAUCAAGCGUGUAUCGACAAACAAUGUAGAGCUCCUUGUGACGGCGCUACUACUUGUGGCCCGUGUGCCGAAUGUAAAGUCAUUAAUCACGGAGUGCAAUGUAGUUGUAUGGCUGGGUUUAACGGAAACCCAUUAAUCGGAUGCGCCAAGUCCAUUUUAAAAUGCGACGGAACGUGUCCUUGUGAUUUGGAAACAGGAUAUUGCAUAAAACGGUGUACAGCUAAUAAAGACUGUUCAUGUGGAGAAAUAUGUCACAAAGAUACGUGUACAACGAAAUGUAGUUCCAGCACGAAUUGUCCAACAGGUCAUAUAUGUUCUGAUGGACUAUGCGCCGUCGGAUGUCGUUCUAAUGCAGAUUGUGCUAAUGACCGGUCUUGUCAAAAUGGCAAAUGCAAAAAUCCUUGUGACGUCGUGUCUGCGGGGAUACCGUGUGGAAACAAUUCGGAAUGUCAUGUCAACGAUCAUAGAGCCGUAUGCAUGUGUCCCGACGGGUUCCAGGGAGAACCGAAUAUUGAAUGUGUCAGGUAUACUUGUGACAAGGAUGACGACUGUGAGACGAACAAGAAAUGCGGUUCAGACAAAGUUUGUAGAAAUCCGUGUUUGGAGCAAGGUGCUUGCGGAUCAAAUGCACAGUGUAGAGUUACGAAUAGAAUGGCUUAUUGUACGUGCCCGCUUGGAUACUAUGGAAAUGCUCAACUUGAAUGCAAACCAGGAACGGCGGAUAAGUGCUCAUCGAACCCUUGCGGACAGAACAGCCGGUGCAAAGAAAUUGCCGGUGGUUACGAGUGUCUCUGUCCUCCUGGAUGUACGGGUGACCCUAGCAAGCGGUGCGUGUGCGAGCAAGCCCAACAGCGGUCGGACCCUUGCAAAAGUGUCGUGUGCGGAAAACACGCUCUCUGCCAACCGCUGAACGAUCAGGACGCCAAAUGCUAUUGCCCGACCGAAUAUCCCGCAGGAAAUCCAUACGUAGAAUGCGAAAUGAAAAAAUUACCCUCCGACUGUCGGACAAACGGCUGCGGCAAGGGUGCAGGUUGUCAGUCGAUCGACAGUGCGGGAUCGACGGUGUACGUGUGCCAGUGUCCGCCCGGCACGACGGGUUCUCCGCAAAAAGAGUGCUCCCAAGUGGUCGAAUGCGCCGACGACGGUCAGUGUACAAACGAAAAGACGUGCAUCGACGGACGUUGCGUCGACGCGUGUAGCGUGAGAGACACCUGCGGCUUGAACGCUCUAUGCCGGCCGGUGUUGCACAGGGCCCAAUGCGCGUGCCCGGACUGUUACGCGGGCGACCCGACGGUGGGAUGCGCGCCGGACCCGGGCAGCUGUGUACAGCGCGCCGGCGACGGGCCGACCGUGGCGUCACGGUGCGCCGCGGACGCGGACUGUCCGUCGUCUCGGGCGUGCAGCCCGGUGGACGGUGCGUGUCGUGACCCAUGCGACGGGCUAUCGUGCGAACCGCCCCGGGCCUGCGUGGUCCGCAACCACAAGGCCCGGUGCGCUUGCAAGUACGGUUUCGCCGUCAGCGAGCUUGGCGAGUUGUCGUGCGCGCCCGCCGAGCGCGAGUGCCGGGCCGACGCGGACUGCGCGCCGCACCUCCGGUGCACGGGACAAGGCCGGUGCCAGAGCCCGUGCGACGGUGGUGCCGGCGGUGCGGGCGGCCCGUGUCCGGCCGACAAGCGGUGCCUGGUACUCGACCACCGGGCCGUGUGCGUGUGCGCCGACAACUGCGCGCCAACCGCGUCCAUGUGCCUACGGGACGCCGGUUGUCCGGUGCACGAGGCGUGCGUCAAUUUUGCGUGCGUCGACCCGUGCGCGAACGUCACGUGUCCCGCGGACGCCCCGUGUGGCGUGGACGGGCACCGGGCCGUGUGCAAAUUCUGUCCGGCCGGUUACAGUGCCGAUUCAAAGUCGGGAUGUCUGAAAGUGGUCGGAUGCUCCGCGCACUACGAAUGUCCGUCCGGACAAGCAUGUAUUGCGAAUCAGUGCCAAAACCCGUGUCAACACAACAAUCCAUGUAAUUCACAACAAGACUGUCAAGUACAAGACCAUCAACCAGUUUGCUUGAAACUGUGCCAAUGCCAAAAGAACGUACACUGUCAAAACGGUUAUGUGUGUGAUGGAUGUAACUGUGUGCUAUCGAGUCAAGAUCCUGUUGCGAUCCCGGGGUGCGACCAUUGCCCGACCGGUGUACCAUGUGAUACGGUAACUGGAGCUUGCGCUAAAGUAGACUCGUUACCGCAAUUCACUGUUACAAACCUCACAACUAACGAUGUACUAAUAUCUAGCCUAAGCACAGAAAACUCUAAUGUAUUGACCGAAAUUACUACCAUCCCUGAAUUCGAUACAACCGAUAAAUCUGACCAAUUUUUGACAACCGAAAUUAAUCAAAUAAUCAUAAGUUCUUCAGUACCAACGAAAAUGUUUAAAGGUGAUGACUUACAUUUCGAUAAAAACGAUAUGCCCGAUAUAACUACGAUCGAACCGAUAACAGCUGAUAGUGUUACAAUUACCGAUCCUUCGAUAAAAUCAUAUGACGAGUACACUACCAAAAACGCGUUCAAUUUACCGGACGAACGGCAAGAAAACGAAAACAAUGUUAUUUCGACUAGUAGCACUGUUUGGAUGGAUUCAGAUGAAAAAAUGACACCUGUAACUACGACUGAUAUCAAUGAAGAUAAUGAAACAAAUACAAAUAUAUUUCAGAGCGUAACAUCAGAACCCAACUUUCAAAUAAGUACUAUUUCUAAUUUAAUAAAUAACAGUAAUAAUGUUGGUAAAAACUCGAUCCAGCAUUCUGUAUCAAAAACAGGUGAAAUAACAAAUAAAUCUGAUCGCGUAACAUCAGAACCUAACCUUAAAAUAAGCACUGUUCCUAAUUUAAUUAACAACGGUAAUAAUUUCAUUGAAAUGUCGACUCAAUAUUUUGUACCGAAAACAGUUGAAAUGACAACAAUAUAUGAUAAUAAUGUAGAAGUGAUAUCUAUUAACGAUGGCACAGAAUCCACUUUAACAACUACUAUAAUCAAUGCUCAGACAUCAACAACCGAAAACCCUAUGGGUUCAACUCAAAUGAAGCAAGAUUCAUUUAAGACAACUACCUUAAAUCCCAUAGAAAAUGAAACAAAAUCAUUUAAUGGCUAUUUUGAUGACAAUUUAUCGUUGACCACUGAUACAUCAGAUGUUGAUUUUGACCCAAAUUCAAUCACAGAAAGUGUCACUAAGUCACAAAAUAAAAUAAAUAUUCAAACAACCGAGUUUUCGGAAGAUUUAACAGGAACGGCUACAAUCGGUAUGUCUAGUACAUUUUUCUCAACUACAACACCUGAUGAUUUUAAAACUAGUCCUACCGAUGAUUUGAUAAAUGAAAUAGACACGACUACCCAAAAUGUGAUUCGGGGUUACGAUUCAAAUAUGAUAGAAAUUACGACGAAAAAUACUAAGAAAAAUCUUACAGUGCUUAAUAAUGAUGACAGCAAUAAUGUGCAAAUUACUUCAACAAUGUUUGAUAGUGAUAAUAUAUACACUAGUACUGAUAAAAGUAUAUUAUUGUUCAAUAAAAAUGAAUCUACAGAGAGCUCAACCAACCUCAUAAUCUCCCAAACUUCCAACGACACUUUAAAAGUUGAUACUGAACAAACGGUUUUGGAAACUACAUCAAGUUCAAAUUUUAUACCAAAUACUGCUCAAAGUAUGAACAAAAAUCCUGAAUCGACGACAAAUUUUAUACCCAGUACUGUUCAAAGUAUGAUCAACAAUCCUGAAUCGACGACAAAUUCUAUACCCAAUACUGUUCAAAGUAUGAGCGAAAAUCCUGAAUUGACAACAAAUUUUAUACCCAAUACUGUUCAAAGCAUGAGCGAAAAUCCUGAAUCGACGACAAAUUUUAUACCAAAUACUGCUCAAAGUAUGAUCAAAAAUCCUGAAUCGACGACUAAUUCUAUACCCAGUACUGUUCAAAGUGUGAGCGAAAAUCCUGAAUCGACGACAAAUUUUAUACCCAAUACUGUUCAAAGCAUGAGCGAAAAUCCUGAAUCGACGACAAAUUUUAUACCCAAUACUGUUCAAAGUAUGAGCGAAAAUCCUGAAUCGACGACAAAUUUUAUACCCAAUACUGUUCAAAGUAUGAGCGAAAAUCCUGAAUUGACAACAAAUUUUAUACCCAAUACUGUUCAAAGCAUGAGCGAAAAUCCUGAAUCGACGACAAAUUUUAUACCAAAUACUGCUCAAAGUAUGAACAAAAAUCCUGAAUCGACGACAAAUUUUAUACCCAGUACUGUUCAAAGUAUGAUCAACAACCCUGAAUCGACGACUAAUUCUAUACCCAAUACUGUUCAAAGUAUGAGCGAAAAUCCUGAAUCGACGACAAAUUCUAUACCCAAUACUGUUCAAAGUAUGAGCGAAAAUCCUGAAUUGACGACAAAUUUUAUACCAAAUACUGUUCAAAGCAUGAGCGAAAAUCCUGAAUCGACGACAAAUUUUAUACCCAAUACUGUUCAAAGUAUGAGCGAAAAUCCUGAAUCGACGACAAAUUUUAUACCCAGUACUGUUCAAAGUAUGAUCAAAAAUCCUGAAUUGACGACUGAAACUUCAAACGAAUCUAUGAAUUCUAGAACAAUUUAUUACGACGAAGAAAAUGAAAUAAAAAAUAAUGUACAAGGUACAACGAAGUCAUACUUGGAUAGUACAGAGUAUGAUAAAAAUAACGUAGAAAACACCUCAACAGAAAGUCCUAGUGUUAUAGAAUUUAACACGACUACAGUUCCCACUGAAUUAGAUAACAAUUUGCAAGUUAAUAAUAUUUCUUCAUUUUUAGAAACUACUACGUCAAAUGUACUCCCUGUGUCUAUAAGUACAAUAGACAAUCUAGAAGGUACAACAUUAGUUACAUUGAACGAAUUUGUAAACUCCAAAUUUAAUGGCACAACUGAUUUAAAUGCGAAUGAAGAAACAACAUCAAAGUCUUACAUGUUGGCAACUAAUUAUAAUUAUUCAAACGAGGUUACAGAUCAAUUUAUUGAAAACGAUCAAGAACUCACCACAAAAAGUUCAGAAAAAAUUGUUGAAGUUUUUACCAGAAAUACAACUGACAUAUUUGAUGAAGAAAAAGAACUUCUCUAUACAACUAAUAAUCCUACUACACCUUCAGCGACUACGAUUGAAGACGUAAGAAUCGAAACCGAUAAAACACUAGAUGAUGAAACUACAACUAUUUCCAAGACAAUAAUUAAUGGCAUUGGUACGACAUCUAUAAAUUUAAUAAACAAUGACAUAAAAAAUACGACGGUUGAUGCGACCAAUACAAAUAUAGAAAACGAUUUUACACUUGUUAGUACAAUAGAAACGACUCUCCACCCGAUGACAAUUAGUUCAAAUGCAGAAAUCAUAAUUUCAAAUAAUCAAAUUGAUGAGUACACAACCGUGAACAGCGUCAUGUUCAAUAACUCGACCGAUGAAAACACUCAACGACCUAUACCAACAGAUGAUAUUGAAGCGGCAACCACCGUGACGGCACUCAAUCAUCAAGUGACGAACGAAUCAGUCAAGAAUCCAUCUAAUUUGACUGGUACAGGUGAUAAAGUGAUAACUAGUGCUCCCGAAUUCACUACUCAGAUCGUCGAGUCGUCAAUAAUUCCCGGAUCAGUAAAUAUAAACGAUAGUAAUGUGUCCCAAGGCGUUAUUAAAAAAUGGGAAACGUUGUUCGGUGGUACGGGAAGUGUAAAUGUACCGCCCGUAAGCGAAUCUACAACCGUUGUGGGAACCCGUCUUACGACAGUAAUUAACGGUAUGGAAGAUACAGUAUUAAACACAGAACCUACCGAAACAAUCGUUUCGAAAGAAUUUUUUUCGGAAAACCACCGUGUAACAAACGAUUCUGUAAACAACGACGUGGCUAAUAGUAUGGGAUAUGAUUUAACAACGACCGUUCGUACACGUGGGAAAAAUGAAAGUGUUAUAACAUCGACUAGCGCCGCGAAUAGAGAUGAUACAAUCUCUGCGAACGAAAUGUAUACAAUGGAUAAUGAGGUAACCACUGGAUCAGAUUUUGAAAGAAAAAACGAAUCUAUUGUUUCAACACAAAUUUAUGGAGACCGGACCGAUAACAUUUUAACUGGCGGCGAUCGAACAACACAACAAAUUAUGACGUUCGAUUCAGUAAAUAAUACGUUGUUCGAAACGACCACUACAAAUACACCUAUGACAACGGACAGUUCGAUAUUUAUUUCUAAAGAAACGGAUUUCAAAUAUGCAAAUCGAGAAACCACUACGGUCACAAUUAUGACCAUGGCUGAUUGGAUUAAAACUAAGAGUACCACUCCGAAAGCAUCUUAUAAUGAAAUCGAUACCGAGAAAAGCCUAGAAAACAAUUUAUUCAACUCUCCGACAGAAUCUAACGCACCCGAAAAUAGUGAUACUGUAACGACAAAUAUUCCACUGGAGCCGUUGGAAAAGACAGACAAUGGAGACCAAGUCGAAACGUCUUCGAUCAUAUCAAUAAACGACGCCACCACUAUGAUAAAUUUGUUUACUACAUCUAUAGAAGUGCUUGUUUCGAGCUUAGAUACUGAAAACGAUUCGACAACUAUUGCUGAUAAUACAAUCACCCCUACUGAUGCAGUUACAAGUGCAUUUACAGAAAAUUACGAGACCACAACAUUUACGGGCUCAAACAAAGGUGGUUUGGGCAAAACGUCUUUAAAUCCGCACGAAAUUACGUAUGACUUAACAAUAAUUCACGGGUACACGGACGUGACACCCCAGUUUAACGACACCACCGAUAGCCCCACGGAAAGAUAUACCGUUUUACCGACCGAAGAGACUACGUUUAAUUUUCAAACAGAUUCCCCUUACAACACUGAUUUUAAUAACGAAUCGACGUCCCGCGAUCCCGACCUAGACACGACGGACUUGAAUGAUGAUAAUAAUAAUAAUAUGUUGACUACAACCGAAUACACUAUAACGUCUAAGAGCAUUGAAAUCGAAGAUGUCACUGUAAUACCCGCAAACCACAACCAAACGAAUAUAAACAACAGUUACUCUGUACAACAAAUAAUAACCACAGCAACCAGAAAAUGGUGUUGGAACGAUACCGAUUGUGACGCCGGCCACAAGUGUUUGGCAGCCAAGUGUCUACCAACAGGUGAAAGCCGCGUAAAUAACUGUCCGCCCGGAAUCAUCACGUUACAGUGUCUUAAAGCACCAGGUACCGCGAAAAAGCCGCAAGUAUGCGAAUCCGACACGGAAUGUCUGGACUCGGAAGCUUGUUACAUGGGACAGUGUGAGAAUCUGUGUAGUUUUUCGACGGUAUGUGCUCCAAAUGCCAAAUGCCACGUGAUAAAACACAGACCCGUUUGUUCGUGUCCCCCAGGAUACGAAGGGAACCCGGCCACUAAGUGUUAUCAACCGAAACUGUUAACCUGCAAUACGAACAAUGAUUGUACGAACGGCGAAGUUUGCAUCCAGCAAAUUUGCCAAAACCAGUGCAACGUUCAUAACCCGUGCGCUCAAAACGCAGCGUGCAUUAACACCGCUCAUGGAGUCGAUUGUAGCUGCGUAGAAGGAUUUCAAGGCAACGGAUUUGUAGGAUGUCUACCAGUUCGAUCGUACAAACCCAUUUGCCAAUACAACGAAGACUGUCCGCCAGAUAAAUUAUGUGAUCGAUUAAAUCGCGUAUGUAUAAAUCCGUGUGCGGAAGACUCUUGUGGUGAAAACGCCGAGUGUUAUCCUGUAAACCACGGUACAGAAUGCAGAUGUUUACAAGGCCAUCAAGGAAAUCCAUACAUCUCUUGUGCAUCAGUCACCGGAUGUCGGUCGAAUAAUGAAUGCUCAACUAAUGAAGCGUGCAUCAAUGGAAAAUGCUCUAACCCAUGUAGAUGUGGUCCAAAUGCUGUCUGCGACGUUGUAAACCAUAAGGCAACAUGCAAGUGUCUUGCCGGCUACAACGGAAAUCCAUUAUUAGGAUGUCAAGUACCUCAAAAUCCAUGUGAUCCAAAUCCUUGUGGAAUGCACGCUCUUUGCGAAAUUGACAAUGGAAAUCCAAUUUGCUACUGUCCGAAAGGAAUGACAGGAAAUCCAUUUAAAAGUUGCAUUCCUGAAGGUGAUGAAUGCUCACCAAAUCCAUGUGGUCCCUACUCUGGAUGCAGAGUAGUUCAAGGUUCUGCAGUUUGUUUCUGUUUAUCUGAGUAUGAAGGGGAUCCUCCCAUUACACCUUGCCGUUUACCAACCAAUCCUUGUACACCCUCUCCAUGUGGACCUAACACUCAGUGUACAUUGUUGGAUAAUGGAUUUGCCAAAUGUACAUGUUUACCAGGAUACAUCGAGAGUCCAAACACAAUACGUGGAUGCGUAGAGAAGAAGAAUCCAUGUGAACCAAACCCAUGUGGACAAAGCGCCGUUUGUGAUCCAAACAGGCAACCAUCAUGUUUCUGCCCAGAGCCGUUAAUUGGAAAUCCAUAUAAGUUUUGUGGUGAAUCACUGAAAACCUUAUGUCAACCGGGACCUUGUGGUGCAAAUGCAGAUUGUUAUGUAACUGGAAGCAAUGAACAGUGUUAUUGUAAAAAUGGCUAUUCAGGAAACCCUUACGAUGGUUGUAUUUCAAUUCCAACGAGUCCGUGUGAACCAAAUCCAUGUGGAAAAUAUGCAUACUGCAAAAUUUCAUCAGAAGGAAAACCUUUAUGCUCCUGUCCUGAUGGUAUGGGUGGAGAUCCACUAACAGGAUGUAAAGGCCCGGAAUGUACAACUAAUGAUGAUUGUCCAUGGGAUAAAUCAUGCUUAGGCUACAAAUGUAAUAAUCCGUGUCCAGGAGCGUGUGGAGUAGGAGCUUCGUGCAAAGUUGAAAAACAUCACCCUGUAUGUACAUGUAAUCGUGGACUAACUGGAAAUCCAUUCUUCCGCUGUUAUCAAAUAAGUUCGGAUCCAGCUCCAACUGGAAAUCCAUGUUUACCUAACCCAUGUGGAAUUAAUACUGAAUGUAAAAUUCAAAAUCGUAAGCCCGUAUGUACAUGCCUAACAAAUUUCGUUGGAGAUCCUAAGACUGGAUGUCAGCCUGAGUGUGUUUUAAAUACUGAUUGUAAGAAUCAUCAAGCUUGUAUUGAUUACCGAUGUCGAGAUCCAUGUGCAUUUGGAAACAUUUGUGGUCUUGGAGCAGUAUGCCAAUGCAAAGAUCAUACACCGCUAUGUUCUUGUAGAGAAGGUUUUGUUGGAGAUCCAUUCUUACAAUGUUUACCAAAACCCGACGAUGAGCCAUUUAAAAAUAUGACUCUGCCUUGUGCACCUUCACCAUGUGAUCCAUAUUCUUCAUGUAAUGUGUAUGGCGGUCAAAUAGCAAUGUGUGAUCCCUGCUCUUCAAUUGAACAACAAUGGAAUCCACAAUGUCAUCCUCAAUGUUUAUACAACUCUGAUUGCCCAUUCAAUUUAGCUUGUGUGGGACAAAAAUGUAUUGAUCCUUGUCCAGGAUCUUGUGGUAUUCAAGCUGAAUGUACUGUUGUGUAUCAUAAUCCAAUUUGUUCAUGCCAAUCGGGGCUAAUAGGAAAUCCAUACGAACACUGUUCUACUCCAAAACAAAAUGAUGUGGCUAAGCCUAUUUCAUGCGAUCAAGUGCAAUGUGGAGCAAAUGCUGUAUGCAAAAAAUCAAAUGGAAUGACUAUUUGUGUUUGUCGUCAACAAUAUUAUGGAAACCCGUACUUAUCAUGCCGACCCGAAUGUGUCAUAAAUACUGAUUGUGGACAAACAUUAUCUUGUAUUAAUAACAAAUGCGUUAAUCCUUGCUUGGGUGUAUGUGGCGUUAACGCGCAAUGCCAAGUAGUUAAUCAUUUCCCUGUAUGUUUCUGUCAACAAGAUUAUUCAGGAGAUCCUUUCGUGAGCUGUUAUCAAGCUGCUAGACCAAAUUAUCCACCAAUUAUGGGCCCAGCAGACAAUGCUUGUGACCCCUCUCCGUGCGGUUCUAACAGUCGGUGUCAUAUUUCGGAACAAGGAUUUGCAACAUGUUCAUGCUUACCAGGCUAUCGUGGUUCUCCACCAGUAUGUAAACCAGAGUGUGUAGUAAGCGCGGAAUGCCCGCAAACUCAAGCUUGCUUAAAUCAAAAAUGUGUUGACCCAUGUCCUGGUACAUGUGGUGUUGGAGCUAAUUGUCAUUCUAUUUGCCAUAAUCCGAUCUGUAGUUGUCCACCAGGACACGUCGGUGAUCCAUUCGUUAGCUGUCAUUUACCACUCGCUGAAGAAACUCCUAAAGUACCUGGAAAUCCUUGUGAACCUACACCAUGUGGGCCAAAUUCAAUUUGUGAGAUUAAAAAAGGUCAUCCAGUUUGUUCAUGUUCUCCAAAUUAUAUUGGAAGUCCACCAUAUUGCCGUCCAGAAUGUAUAAUGAAUCACGAAUGUCCACAUAACAAAGCAUGCAUUCAAGAAAAAUGUCAAAACCCGUGCACAAAAUCAUGCGGCUUGAAUGCUAAAUGUGAUGUUGUUAAUCAUACGCCAUUCUGUACUUGUGUAUCAGGUUACGAAGGAGAUGCGUUUAUAAGCUGUACUAGAAUUCCACCAACUGUGUUACCUGAAAUUCCAAGAGAUCCAUGUAACCCUUCACCGUGUGGUGAUAAUACUCAAUGUUUUAGUGAAAAUAAUGGAGUCGCAAAAUGUGUUUGUAUACCACCUUAUAUCGGCAACCCUUACUCUGGUGGUUGUAGGCCAGAAUGUUUGAUGAAUAGUGAUUGUAUGUCAAACUUGGCAUGUUUGGCUAGCCAUUGUCGAGAUCCGUGUCCAGGUGUAUGUGGUCUCAAUGCUCAAUGUAACGUUGUUAGUCAUAUACCAGUUUGUACUUGUUUCCCCGGAUAUAUCGGAGAUCCAUUCCAAUCUUGUAGAAUAGAACCAAUUAAUCCGCCAGCUCCCCAAAAUCCUUGUGAACCUUCACCUUGUGGUCCAAAUAGUCAAUGUCGUACCCAAGGUUAUAAUGCAGUUUGUUCAUGUAUACAAGGUUUUAUCGGAACCCCUCCUUCUUGUCGACCAGAAUGCGUUGUAAGUGCUGAAUGCCCAGUAGAUAAGGCAUGUAUAGCACAAAAGUGUUCAGAUCCUUGUCCUGGAACAUGUGGGUUACAUGCUCGGUGCAAUGUAAUUAAUCACAAUCCCAUUUGUACUUGUCCACCGAAAUUCGUAGGUGAUCCAUUUGUGAGGUGUAUUCAAGAAGAACCUAAAACUCCUCCGGUCGUUUACCAAGAUCCUUGUUUCCCGUCACCAUGUGGUGCUAAUUCUGAAUGUAGAGAAUAUGAUAGUAGACCUGUCUGUUCAUGUUUACCGGGAAUGCUUGGAGCUCCACCAAACUGUCGACCAGAGUGCUUAAUUCACGCUGACUGUCCAACUAGGUUAGCUUGUCUACAAAGUAAAUGUCGAGAUCCCUGUACCGGAUCUUGUGGGUUCAAUUCUAGAUGUACUGUAAUCAAUCAUCAACCAGUGUGUUCAUGUGAGCCGGGCUACCAAGGUGAUCCAUUUAAUGGAUGUAAUGCUGUCGCAGCUUUCGAUUAUACGCCUGUAACUCCUUGCAACCCUUCACCGUGUGGAGCAAACGCUGUAUGUAAAGAAUCAAAUGGUGCCGGUUCUUGUUCAUGUAUCCCAGAAUAUUUUGGCGAUCCGUACUCUGGAUGUCGACCAGAAUGUGUAAACAAUCUCGAUUGCGCGUGGAAUAAAGCAUGCAUCAAUUACAAAUGUAUAGAUCCUUGUAUUGGUGCUUGUGGUUUAUAUGCUGAAUGCAAGGUCAGCAACCAUGCUCCGACUUGCUAUUGUUUGCAAGGGUACACCGGGAGUGCUUUAUUAUCAUGUCAUAAAAUUGAGUUUGAUCCAACAUGUGAAGUUGAUUUGGUUAUUACGAAAAACCCUUGCAUGAAAUCGCCUUGUGGGCAAUACAGUCAGUGUCGAGCUGUAAAUGGCCAUGCAGUAUGCUCUUGUUUACCUGGAUACUUUGGAAAUCCUCCAAAUUGUCAUCCAGAGUGCAUAACUAGUUCAGAUUGUCCACAAGAUAAAUCAUGUGUAAAUCAAAUCUGUUCAGACCCAUGUCCAGGCACAUGUGGUUACAACGCACAAUGUCGAGUUGUGAAUCAUAGUCCGAUAUGUAGUUGCUAUUCAGGUUAUUACGGUGAUCCAUUUGUUCGUUGUGCUAUUAUUGAAAAGCCUCCGCCACCAGAACAGGAUAGACUACCACAGAACCCUUGUGUUCCAUCACCGUGUGGUCCAAAUUCUAUAUGUCAUCCUAAAGAUUAUACUCCUAUCUGUUCUUGUUUACCAAACUAUAUUGGUAGACCUCCUUGCUGCAGACCAGAAUGCACAAUAAAUGCCGAAUGCUUUGGCAAUUUGGCUUGUGUUAACGAAAGGUGUAUAGAUCCUUGUCCCGGUUCCUGUGGUAUCAACGCCUUUUGUAAAGUGAUUUCCCAUAAUCCUGUAUGUAAAUGCAAUGACGGGUAUACCGGUGAUCCAUUUAUAGCCUGCCGACCGACACCUAUUUCACUACCACCACCAGCAGAUGUGCCAAGUGAUCCGUGUAACCCAUCACCAUGUGGGGCAAAUGCUAUUUGCAAAGAAAGAAAUAAUGCUGGAUCUUGCACAUGUAUUCCUGAAUAUACAGGGGAUCCUUAUACAGGAUGUAGACCAGAGUGCGUGCUAAAUAGUGAAUGUCCUAGAGACAGAGCUUGCAUAAACAAUAAGUGUCGUGACCCAUGUCCAGGAAUGUGUGGUUUAUAUGCUGAAUGCAGAGUUAUCAACCAUUCUCCUUCAUGUGCUUGUCUUCCAGGAUAUACUGGCAAUCCAUUGUCUGCUUGUCAACUUCUCCCAGUUGCCAGCCCAGAUCUACCACCUAAAAACCCUUGCAUACCUUCACCUUGUGGUCCGUACAGUCAAUGCAGGACAGUAAAUGACCAUGCAGUCUGUUCAUGUCAAACAAAUUAUAUCGGUACACCCCCAGCUUGUCAUCCAGAAUGUAUGGUUAGUUCUGAGUGUGCUCAAGAUAAGGCAUGUGUCAAUCAAAAAUGUGUAGACCCAUGUCCUGGAACCUGUGGCCUCAAUGCGCGGUGUCAAGUUGUCAACCACAAUCCUAUAUGUAGCUGUUCAGCUGGAUAUACUGGUGAUCCAUUUGUCCGGUGUUUACAAGAAAAACCAACAUAUUACGAUGAACCAUCAAUUCCGACUAACCCGUGCGUUCCAUCUCCAUGUGGACCUAACUCUUUGUGCCGCGAUCACAGUGGAACUCCUGCGUGUUCAUGUUUGUCUAAUUAUAUUGGUCGGCCACCAAAUUGCCGUCCAGAAUGUACAAUUAAUGCCGAAUGCCCUGGAAAUCUCGCUUGUGUUAACGAAAAAUGUCGAGAUCCGUGUCCUGGCUCAUGUGGAAUAUACGCAACAUGUAAUACAGUAAAACAUGUACCUCAGUGUGUUUGUCAAAAUGGAUACACUGGAGAUCCAUUUAGUGGAUGUUCGCUCAUACAACAAAUUCCAACUGAAGGGCCAAAGAUGCCUUGCAAUCCAUCGCCAUGUGGAGCAAAUGCAGUAUGUAAAGAACGAAAUGGUGCUGGUUCUUGUUCGUGCUUACCGGAAUAUUUUGGAGAUCCAUAUACUGGAUGUAGGCCAGAAUGUGUGACCAAUUCUGAUUGUGAUCGUAGUAAAUCUUGUAUGAACAAUAAAUGUCGUGAUCCAUGUCCAGGAGUUUGCGGCUUGAAUGCAGAAUGCAGAGUUAUUAACCACUCACCGUCUUGCUAUUGCCCAGUGGGUUAUACUGGAGAUCCAACGUUAUCUUGCUACAUUCAACCAUUACUUGAUCCAGAACCACCCACAAAUCCAUGUAUCCCUUCACCAUGUGGCCCUUACAGUCAAUGCAGACCUGUCAAUAAUCAUGCUGUAUGUUCAUGCCAAACGGAUUACAUUGGAACACCACCAUCAUGUCGGCCAGAGUGUAUGGUGAGCUCUGAAUGUCCCCAAGAUAAAGCAUGUGUUAGAAAGAAAUGUAUAGACCCAUGCCCUGGUACAUGUGGAUCAAAUGGAAGAUGUCAAGUGGUCAAUCAUAAUCCAAUUUGCAGUUGUCCUCCCGGUUAUAACGGAGAUCCAUUUGUAAGGUGCUUCAAAGAACAACCUCCACCAGCUGAUAUACCAACCAAUCCAUGUGUGCCAUCUCCAUGUGGUCCAAAUUCAGUAUGUCGUGAAAUUGGUCACACCCCAGCAUGUUCAUGUUUGGACAGUUACAUUGGACGACCACCUAAUUGUCGACCAGAAUGUACCAUCAAUGCUGAAUGCCCAGGGAAUUUAGCAUGUUCAAAAGAAAGAUGUAAAGACCCAUGUCCAGGUUCAUGUGGAAUAUAUGCCACGUGUGUAACGAUAAACCAUAGUCCACAAUGUAACUGUGAACCAGGUUAUACAGGAGAUCCAUUUGCUGGAUGUUCAUUAAUACAACAAGUUGUUCCAACUGAAGGACCUAAAAUGCCCUGUAACCCAUCGCCAUGUGGAGCAAACGCUAUAUGCAAAGAACGUAAUGGAGCAGGAUCUUGUAUAUGUUUACCAGAAUAUUUUGGUGAUCCUUACACGGGAUGUAGACCAGAAUGUGUGACUAAUUCAGAAUGUGAUAGGAGUAAAGCAUGCGUAAAUAAUAAAUGCCGUGAUCCUUGUCCUGGUACUUGUGGACUUAAUGCAGAAUGCAGUGUCAUCAAUCACACACCAUCAUGUACAUGUUUCCCAGGUUAUACUGGCAAUCCUAUUACCGCAUGCCAUAUGCCACCACCAAUGGAUGAAAUACCUAAAAAUCCAUGUGAACCAUCACCAUGUGGGCCUUACAGCGUAUGUAGAACUGUGAAUGACCAUGCAGUAUGUUCUUGCCAAACUAACUAUAUUGGUACUCCUCCGGGUUGUCGUCCGGAAUGUGUAGUUAGUUCAGAAUGUCCUCAAAACAGAGCUUGUAUUAAUCAAAAAUGUUCAGACCCUUGUAUUGGAAUAUGUGGUAUAGGAGCCAGGUGCCAAGUCAUAAAUCACAAUCCAAUUUGCAGUUGUCCAAGUGGUUUAAUUGGUGAUCCAUUUGUUCAAUGCAAAUCAGAACCACGACCAACUCAGCCGCCACCUAGUGGAAACCCUUGUGUUCCAUCCCCAUGUGGUCUGAAUUCAAUAUGCCGUGAAGUUGGCUCAACACCAGCAUGCUCUUGUCUGCCAAACUAUAUAGGAAGGCCACCAAACUGUCGCCCAGAAUGUUCGAUAAAUGCAGAAUGUCCAGGAAAUCUUGCUUGCUUAAACGAGCGUUGCAAAGAUCCUUGUCCUGGUUCUUGUGGGGUACACGCAACUUGUGUAACACGUAAUCAUAGACCACAGUGUACUUGUGAAACUGGAUAUACUGGAGAUCCAUUUGCUGGGUGUUCCAUAGUUCAACAAAUUCCUCCUACUGAAGGACCGAGGGAUCCAUGUAAUCCGUCUCCAUGUGGAGCUAAUGCUAUUUGUCGAGAAAAGAACGGCGCUGGUUCUUGUGUUUGUCUACCUGAAUAUUUCGGUGAUCCAUACACGGGAUGUAGACCUGAAUGUGUUACAAAUGCAGAUUGUGAUCGUACAAAAGCAUGUGCAAAUAACAAAUGUAAGGAUCCAUGUCCUGGAACAUGUGGCCUUAACGCAGAAUGUAAAGUUCUAAACCACGCACCUUCGUGCAGUUGUAUACCUGGAUACACUGGUGAUCCGUUGAGCAUAUGCCAUGUUAUACCCAUAACUGAAGCUACACCGAUAGAUCCUUGUGUUCCAUCACCAUGUGGCCCUAACAGUCAAUGCAGAGAACUAAACGACCAUGCCGUUUGUUCUUGUUUAAGUUCUUUUAUCGGUACACCCCCAUCUUGUCGUCCUGAAUGCGUUGUCAGUUCAGAGUGUAGUCAAAACAAAGCUUGUGUUAAUCAAAAAUGUAGUGACCCCUGCAUUGGUACUUGCGGCCUGAAUACAAGGUGUCAAGUAGUAAAUCACAAUCCCAUUUGUAGCUGUUCCCCCGGAUAUACGGGCGAUCCUUUUGCUUCUUGCAAUAAAAUACAACCCACAACCACUCCUUCACCGCCUACAGCCCCUUGCUCUCCGUCACCUUGUGGACCUCACUCUCAAUGUAGAGUGGUGAGCAAUACAGCUGCAUGUUCUUGUUUGCAAAACUACAUUGGUCGGCCACCCAAUUGUAGGCCUGAGUGUGUUAUUAGCGCGGAAUGUUCAAGUAACUUGGCAUGUAUCAAUGAAAAAUGCUCUGAUCCAUGCCCGGGAUCAUGUGGACAAUAUGCUCAUUGUAGAGUCAUCAAUCACCACCCAGUUUGUACUUGUUUACCUGGGUACACUGGCGAUGCGCUUACAUAUUGCCAACUGUUACCUACCUCUACCGAAAGAUCACCAGAAGCUGUAGAUCCUUGUUAUCCAUCACCAUGUGGUCCCAAUUCAGAUUGUGUCAACCGAAAUGGAGUAGCUGCUUGUACGUGCUCUACGGGAUUCUUCGGUGAUCCUUACACAGGAUGCCGAAGAGAAUGUGAAAACAACGAUGAUUGUAAUUUGGCUUUGGCUUGCAUUGGUUAUAAAUGCAUAGAUCCUUGUCCAGGAACAUGUGGUUCUGAAGCAUUAUGUACAGUUGUGAAACAUAUACCUAUUUGCUCUUGUCCACCAUCUUUUACUGGUGAUCCAUUUACUUCUUGUCGUCCGAUACCAGUUAUCCCAACACAAAGAGAACCAAUCGACCCAUGCCAUCCAUCCCCAUGUGGACCUAACAGCCAGUGUCGUAAAAUUAACGAUCAAGCCGUUUGCUCUUGUUUGCCAAAUUAUAUGGGUAGUCCACCAGUAUGUAGACCUGAAUGUGUUGUCAGUUCAGAAUGUCCUUUAGACAAAGCUUGUACAAAUCAAAAAUGUUUGGAUCCUUGUCCAAAUACUUGCGGAAUACAAGCCUUGUGUACUGUGAGAAAUCAUAACCCAAUUUGUGCAUGUCCAGCUGGAUAUUCUGGAGAUCCGUUCUCACAUUGUGCCUUAAUACGUAAGAAUAAAAAAUAAACUAUAAUUAAAUGAGAUAAUUUUUAUAAUGUAUUUUCAGCUACUACGCCAACACCUCCAGUAACCGAACGUCCAGCAUCGUGUUAUCCAACACCUUGUGGACCUAAUUCACAAUGCCAGAUACAAAAUGGAAUCCCUGUAUGCUCAUGUCUACCAGACUUCAUUGGCUCACCACCUUCAUGCAGACCUGAAUGUGUUAUAAGUGCUGAAUGUCCAAGUCAAUUGGCUUGUAUGAACCAAAAAUGUCGUGACCCAUGUAUAGGUUCAUGUGGAUUAAAUGCCAAUUGCCACGUACUAAAUCAUAUUCCAAUUUGUACUUGCAAUAAUGGUCUAACAGGAGAUCCAUUCGACUUUUGUACACAAAUACAAAUAACUACCGAGAGACCAUUAGCAUCUGAUCCUUGUAAUCCAUCACCUUGUGGGCCAAAUGCGAUCUGCAAAGGAAAUGGAAAUUGCGAGUGCUUGCCGGAAUACACAGGAAACCCAUAUGAGAAUUGUCGUCCAGAGUGUGUGUUAAACACGGAAUGUUCUAGAGACAAGGCAUGUAUGAGAAAUAAAUGUAGUGAUCCAUGUAUUGGAACUUGCGGUCAAGGUGCCAAUUGUGAUGUAGUGAAUCACAUUCCAAUUUGUUCAUGCCCGACCAAAUAUUCAGGAGAUCCAUUCACAAUCUGUCGACCUGUUCCAGAUGAUGUUCCUGUAUCAAGUGACCCGUGUAGUCCAUCACCGUGUGGUGCUUAUAGCCAAUGUCGAAACUCAGAUAAUCAUGCAGUGUGUUCUUGUUUACCAAAUUACAUUGGUGCACCACCAUCAUGCCGCCCAGAAUGUACUGUCAGCUCUGAAUGUAAUCCAGACAAAGCAUGUGUGAACAUGAAAUGUAUCAACCCGUGUGUAGGAGCUUGUGGUUCUGGAGCUAGAUGUGAAGUAAUUAAUCAUAGUCCAAUCUGCAGUUGUAGAGAAGGUCAAACUGGAGAUCCAUUCCGAAGCUGUUAUACGAUACAAAAACCAGUUCUUCCACCUCAAAACGAUCCACCAAAACUGCCCUGUGUCCCUUCACCAUGUGGUCCAAAUUCUCAAUGUAUAGCUUCGGGAAAUAACCCAUCGUGUUCAUGUUUACCAUCUUAUAUUGGUGCUCCGCCAAAUUGUCGACCAGAAUGUAUAAUAAACCCAGAUUGUCCAUCAACUCUUGCUUGCAUUAACAACAAAUGUAGAGAUCCAUGUCCAGGAUCUUGUGGAAGUGAUGCACAUUGCCAAGUUGUUAAUCAUGCAGUUUCGUGUCUAUGUCCUUCUGGAUUUACAGGAAAUCCAUUUGUUCAAUGUAUUUAUCAACAAGAAAAUUUAAAUCCAUGUGAACCAUCUCCAUGUGGUGCAAAUGCAAUAUGUAAACAACAAGAUGGUGCCGGAUCUUGUUCUUGCAUUAAUGAUUAUUAUGGAAACCCAUAUGAGGGUUGCCGACCUGAAUGUGUUCACAGUUCGGACUGUCCAACAAACAAGGCAUGUAUUGGAAAUAAAUGUGUGGAUCCUUGUCCCGGUGUAUGCGGAGUAGAUGCUGUUUGCACGGUUAUUAGUCAUGUUCCAACUUGCAACUGUAUAUCUGGGUAUAUAGGAAAUCCAUUCACGUACUGCCAACCUCAACCUCCAACAACUCAAGCAACAGUGUAUGACCCUUGUCACCCAUCACCUUGCGGCCCUAACAGUCAAUGUAAAAAUGUAAACCAACAAGGAGUAUGUUCUUGUCAAAAAGACUUCCAAGGAACUCCACCAAAUUGUAGACCAGAGUGUGUGGUAAACAAUGAAUGUCCAUCGAAUAGAGCUUGUCAUAAAUUCAAAUGCACAGACCCUUGUCCUGGAACCUGUGGACUAAAUGCUCGUUGUGAAGUUAUUAAUCACAGUCCAAUUUGCACAUGUUCACCUGGUUUAAUUGGAGAUCCUUUCACAAGAUGCUAUCCACAACCAGUGAAACCACUAGAUGAACCGGUGAUACCUACAAAUCCUUGUAUUCCCUCGCCAUGUGGACCGAAUUCUGAGUGUAGGCCAGUUGGAAAUCAACCAUCAUGUUCGUGUCGAACAAAUUACGUCGGUGCUCCACCAAAUUGUCGACCCGAAUGUUCCGUUAAUUCUGACUGUCCUUCCAUGUUAUCUUGUAUAUCAGAUAAAUGUAGAGAUCCAUGUUAUGGAUCUUGUGGCUUAAAUACAGACUGUAGAGUUCAAAAUCACAUACCAACUUGUACAUGUAUCUCUGGACACAACGGUGAUCCAUUUACGCAAUGUAUUCCAAUAAUAGAACAACCAACACUAGCCACGCCUACCGAUCCAUGUAAUCCAUCACCGUGUGGAUCCAAUACUCAAUGUUACAAUGGAGUUUGUCAAUGUCUGACAAACUAUUUCGGUGAUCCAUUAAUAGGUUGUCGGCCUGAGUGUACAAUGAACACGGAUUGUCCUAGGAAUAAAGCAUGUUUAAACCAAAAGUGUCAAGAUCCUUGUCCAGGCACUUGUGGUCAAGGUGCCAUAUGCGAUGUCAUUAACCAUAUUCCAACUUGCAGUUGCCCAACUGGUACAGCUGGCGACGCAUUUGUUAUUUGUAGACCCAUUAAAGUUCGAGACGAACCAUCUAGAGACCCAUGUAAUCCUUCUCCGUGUGGGCCAAACAGCGUUUGUCGCGUAGUAGAAGGACAUGCUGUCUGUUCCUGUCAAAAUAGUAUGAUCGGUUCUCCACCUUCUUGUCGUCCAGAAUGUGUUGUUAGUGCAGAGUGUCCUUUAACUCAAGCAUGUCUCAUGAGCAAAUGCCGUGAUCCAUGUCCUGGAACUUGUGGCCACCUUGCUAACUGUAAAGUAGUAAAUCAUAGUCCUAUUUGUACUUGUCCACCACAGCAUAGUGGAGAUCCAUUUAGGAGUUGUUAUCCUGUUCAAGAAAUAAGACCCACACCAUCAGCUGAUCCAAUUAAUGUCUGUGUCCCAUCACCGUGUGGACCCAAUUCUGAGUGUAGGGAUCGUGGAGGAGCACCGGCGUGCUCGUGCUUGUCAAAUUAUGUAGGAACGCCACCAUCGUGCAGACCGGAAUGUACAAUUAAUCCAGAAUGUCCUAGCCAUUUAUCAUGUAUUAAUCAAAAGUGUACAGACCCUUGCCCUGGUUCAUGUGGCUCAAAUGCUGCAUGUUCUGUGAUUAAUCACACUCCAAUGUGUUCUUGCAAUAAUGGAUUUACUGGAGAUCCGUUUACAUAUUGUCAAUCAGUCCCGGUGUUAGCAGUAUAUCAAGAACCCUUAAACCCAUGCAUUCCUUCCCCCUGUGGAAUGAACGCUAUAUGCAAAGAGUAUAAUGGUGCUGGUUCGUGUAGUUGUUUACCAGAAUAUUAUGGAAAUCCAUAUGAAGGCUGUAGGCCAGAAUGUGUUAUAAACUCUGAUUGCACACCUCAAAAAGCUUGUGUGAAAAAUAAAUGUCAAAAUCCAUGCGCUGGAACUUGUGGUCAAAACGCAGAAUGCUACGUGACUAAUCAUUUACCAUCUUGUACAUGUAUACCAGGUUUUACUGGUGAUCCAUAUAAGUACUGCAUCCUAGCUCCACCACCACAACAACUACAAGCGGAUCCAAUUAAUCCUUGUGUUCCAUCACCAUGUGGACCAAACAGUCAAUGUAAGGAAAUAAAUUACCAAGCAGUGUGUUCAUGUCUACAAUCAUAUGUGGGAAGUCCUCCAAACUGUAGACCAGAGUGUGUUGUCAACUCAGAAUGUGGCAGACCCAAAGCGUGCCGAAAUUUAAAAUGCGUUGACCCUUGUUUAAAUGCUUGUGGGUCUAAUUCAAAAUGCAAAGUAAUAAAUCAUAGCCCCAUAUGUUCGUGUAAAGAAGGAUUUACUGGUGAUCCAUUUUCAAGUUGUUAUGCUAUACAAUAUUUGCCAUCACCACCAAUACAAAAUGAACCAAUUAACCCAUGUAUACCAUCACCAUGUGGCCUAUACUCAUAUUGUAAAGAUUCCAAUGGAUAUCCUUCUUGUUCUUGUCAAGAGAAUUAUAUUGGUUCUCCGCCAAAUUGUAGACCUGAAUGUACAAUAAACGAAGAAUGUCCAAAAGAUAAGGCUUGUAUGAAGCAAAAAUGCCAAGACCCAUGUCCAGGAUCAUGUGGUGUUAAUGCUAAUUGUAAUGUUUAUAAUCAUAACCCAAUAUGCUCAUGUAUUGAUGGUUACACAGGAGAUCCAUUCACCAGUUGCUAUAUAAAACCAACAUCUCCUCCUCAGCCACAAUAUGAUGAUCCGUGUAACCCGUCCCCAUGUGGUUCAAAUGCAUUAUGUAAUAAUGGUGUUUGCUCUUGCUUGAGUGAAUAUCAAGGUGAUCCAUACUCUGGCUGUCGUCCAGAAUGUAUUUUAAAUACAGAUUGUCCCAUUAUUAAAGCGUGCAUCAAUAAUAAAUGUAAAAAUCCAUGCCAAGGAACAUGUGGAUUAAAUGCAAUUUGUAAUGUUUACAAUCAUAUUCCGAUGUGUACGUGUCCCCAAGGCAUGAAUGGAAAUGCAUUUAUUCAAUGCAUACCUAUCCAAGCAUCUGUUGAAGUUAUCAACCCAUGUGCUCCAUCUCCUUGUGGACCAAAUAGCCAAUGUAAACAAUUGAAUGGUGUAGCGGUAUGUUCAUGCAUAUCUGGAUACUUGGGUGCACCACCUUUAUGUAGACCUGAAUGUACAAUUAAUUCCGACUGUGGUCUAAACGAAGCUUGUUCAAAUCAAAAGUGUCGAAAUCCAUGUCCUAGUAUUUGUGGAAUUGGUGCAAAAUGUCAAGUCAUAAAUCAUAAUCCAAUUUGUAGUUGUCCACCAGGAUUAAUUGGUGAUCCAUUUACAAGAUGUUAUAAUAAACCAGCCGAUUUACCACAAUACGUUGGUAAUCCUUGCAUUCCGUCUCCUUGUGGACCGAAUUCACAGUGUAAGGUUCAAGGCGAAUCACCAUCAUGCUCAUGCCUACCUAAUUUCAUCGGAUCACCUCCAAAUUGCAAGCCGGAAUGUAUUACUAAUAGCGAGUGCUCAUAUAAUUUAGCUUGUGCUAAUAUGAAAUGCAAAGAUCCUUGUCCAGGUUCGUGCGCACCAAAUGCCGAAUGCCAUGUAGUAAGCCAUUCGCCAAUAUGCAAAUGUCCAAUUGGAUACGUAGGAGAUCCGUUCACACAAUGCAUUAUACAACAAGCCGAUCCAGUACCACAAGAGUAUUUAAAUCCAUGUGUACCAUCCCCCUGUGGGACAAAUGCAAUAUGUAAAGAACAAAAUGGAGCUGGAUCGUGUACGUGCUUGCCUGAAUACUAUGGAAAUCCAUAUGAAGGGUGUAGACCGGAAUGUGUUUUGAAUACAGACUGUGCGUCAAACAAAGCAUGCUCUAAUUACAAGUGUAAAAACCCCUGUCCAGGAACAUGUGGUCAAAAUGCAGAAUGUCAAGUAGUUAAUCAUUUGCCCAUGUGUUCUUGUUAUCAAGGAUAUACUGGUGAUCCAUUUAGAUACUGUCAUCAAAUACCUCCUCCACAACAAACUGAAAUCGAACCAAUUAAUCCAUGUUCACCAUCUCCAUGUGGGCCAAAUAGUCAAUGUCGGGAAAUUAACCAUCAAGCUGUUUGCUCAUGCCUUCCGACGUACGUAGGGAGCCCGCCUGGAUGUAGACCAGAAUGUGUAACAAAUUCAGAGUGUGCUUCGAGUAAAGCAUGCAUAAAACAGAAAUGUUCAAAUCCUUGUCCUGAACCAUGUGGGCAAAAUUCAAACUGCAAAGUGAUCAACCACAGUCCUGUGUGUUCGUGUAUUAAUGGUUUUACCGGAGAUCCAUUUAUUCGCUGUUAUCAAAUACCUCCCCCUCCACCACAAUUUGAUCCAGUUUAUGUAAACCCUUGCGUUCCAUCACCAUGUGGUCCUUAUUCUCAAUGUAGAGAACAGAAUGGCUAUCCAUCAUGUUCAUGUUUAGCUGAAUACAUAGGAAGUCCGCCAAAUUGCCGUUAUGAAUGUACAAUUAAUGCAGAAUGCCCCAGAGAUAAAGCGUGUAUGAAGCAAAAAUGUCAAGAUCCGUGUCCUGGGUCAUGUGGUGUAAACGCUUUAUGCAAUGUAGUAAACCAUACACCAAUUUGCUUGUGUCCUGAUAACUAUGAAGGCAAUCCUUUUGAAAAUUGUAGACCAAAACCCAUGGAUGUUCCAGAACCAGUGUAUUCAGACCCAUGUAAUCCAUCGCCUUGUGGUCCUAAUUCUGAUUGCUUUAAUGGUGUUUGUAAAUGUAAACCUGAAUUCCAAGGUGAUCCAUACUCUGGAUGCAGACCUGAAUGUGUACUAAAUAACGAUUGUCCCAGAAACAAAGCUUGCAUAAAAAAUAAAUGCAAAGACCCAUGCCCUGGAACAUGUGGAACGAAUGCUAUCUGUGAAGUUUAUAAUCAUAUACCAAUGUGUAGAUGUCCUGAUGGAAUGAAUGGAAAUGCUUUUAUCAAUUGUUUAGUACAACAAGAUGUGAUCCCGGUAACGAACGUAAAUCCAUGCUAUCCAACUCCAUGUGGACCUAACAGUCAAUGCCGAGAAAUUAAUGGACAAGCUGUAUGUUCAUGUACAAUCGGCUAUUUAGGAGUACCACCAUCGUGUAGACCAGAAUGUACAAUAAAUUCUGAUUGUAACUUAAACGAAGCAUGUUCAAACCAAAAAUGUCAUGAUCCAUGCCGUGGUGUUUGUGGAAUAGGAGCUAUUUGCCGUGUAUAUAACCAUAAACCUAUCUGUAGUUGUCCUCCAGGACAGACAGGAAAUCCAUUUUCUAAUUGCCAUCCAAUACCGGUUCAAGACCCUAUACCUGUAGAACAUCCAUGCGUUCCUUCUCCAUGUGGCCCCAAUUCGCAAUGCCAAGUUAAAGGACAGUCGCCUUCAUGUUCUUGUUUACCUGACUUUAUUGGUUCACCACCGAAUUGCAAACCCGAGUGCAUUAGUAAUGGAGAAUGUCCAUAUCAUUUAGCAUGUAAAAAUAUGAAAUGUAAAGAUCCUUGUCCUGGUACCUGUGGACAAAACGCACAAUGUAACGUAGUAAGUCACUCUCCUCAGUGUACCUGCUAUCCAGGGUAUAUCGGAGAUCCUUUCACUCAAUGCACAAUACAACAAGCAGAACCAAUAGAAGAGACUCUGAACCCUUGUAUUCCAUCACCUUGUGGAGCAAAUGCUAUUUGCAAAGAGCGAAAUGGCGCUGGAUCCUGUAGUUGCUUACAAGAGUAUUUUGGAAAUCCUUAUGAACUCUGUAGACCCGAGUGUACAGUAAACACUGAUUGCCCAUCAAAUAAAGCUUGUAUGGGAAAUAAAUGCUUAGAUCCAUGCCCAGGAACAUGUGCCCAAUCUGCAAUUUGUCACGUUUACAACCACUCACCGACAUGCUCGUGUAAUUAUGGAUACACAGGAGAUCCGUAUAAAUAUUGCAGUAUAAUUCCAACUCCACCAAUCCAAAAUGAACCAACAAACCCGUGUUCGCCUUCUCCAUGUGGACCACACAGUCAAUGUCGAGAAGUCAACUUCCAAGCCGUAUGCUCAUGUUUAUCGAACUAUAUUGGAAGUCCACCAAAUUGUCGUCCUGAAUGUCUCAUCAGUCAAGAUUGUUCACAAAAUCUUGCAUGCAUAAAUCAACACUGUAUCGAUCCUUGCCUUGGACAAUGUGGUCAAAAUACACAAUGUAAGACUAUCAAACAUCGACCAAUAUGUACAUGUAGCCCUGGAUAUACUGGAGACCCGUUCUCCAGAUGUUAUCUAAUUCCACCGUUACCCCCACCACCACAAGAUGAACCAAUACCAACAAAUCCUUGUGUGCCGUCUCCGUGUGGACCAUAUUCUGAGUGUAGAAACUACGGAAAUUAUCCUUCAUGUAGUUGUCAACCACAAUACACGGGAAGUCCACCAAAUUGUAGGCCAGAGUGUUCGAUCAAUGCAGAAUGUCCAAGCAAUAAUGCGUGCAUGAAAGAGAAAUGUCGAGAUCCAUGUCCCGGAUCAUGUGGAAUUGGAUCAGUUUGUAACGUAUUGAAUCACGUUCCUAUUUGUCAAUGCCCUGAUGGAUUCACUGGUGAUCCAUUUGUGAGUUGCUAUCUGAAACCCCAAGCUCCUAUUGCUGACGUAGAAACAGACCCAUGUAGUCCAUCUCCGUGUGGUACAAACGCAAUAUGUAAUAAUGGAAUUUGUACAUGUCUUCCUGAAUACCAUGGAGAUCCAUAUACUGGAUGUAGACCAGAAUGUGUUCUUAACGAUGAAUGCUCAAAGGAUAAAGCUUGUAUCCGAAAUAAAUGUAUAAAUCCAUGUCCAGGAACGUGUGGCUACAAUGCCAUAUGUGAAGUAUAUAAUCAUAUACCUAUGUGUCGAUGUCCAGAAGGAUUAGCAGGUGAUGCCUUUACUCAAUGUCAACCAAUAUUACAAGAUCCAAUUAUUAAUCAGCCAUGUAAUCCAUCACCUUGCGGACCCAACAGUCAAUGUAGAGAAAUGAACAAUCAAGCGGUAUGUUCUUGUAUCGUGGGAUAUGUGGGUAGCCCACCAUCGUGUAGACCAGAAUGCACAAUUAAUGCGGAUUGCUAUUUGACCGAAGCUUGUUCAAACCAAAAGUGUAGAAAUCCUUGUAUAGGAACGUGUGGUGUUGGAGCUAAAUGCCAGGUUAUAAAUCAUAAGCCUAUAUGUAGCUGUCCACCAAGCAUGACUGGUGAUCCAUUUGUACGCUGCCAUGCCAUAUUGGCACUUCCUGAACCCGUGGGUAACCCAUGUAUACCAUCUCCUUGUGGACCUAAUUCACAAUGCCAAGUUAAAGGUGAUACGCCAUCUUGUUCAUGUUUACCCGAAUUUAUCGGAUCGCCUCCAAAUUGCAAACCAGAAUGCAUUAGCAAUAGUGAAUGCUCCUAUAACAAAGCAUGUGUCUAUAUGAAAUGUAAAGAUCCGUGUCCAGGAUCUUGUGGUCAAAAUGCUAUAUGUCAAGUAGUUAGUCAUGUGCCUAGAUGUUCAUGUUUAUCUGGUUAUGUUGGUGAUCCAUUUAUACAAUGUUAUAUUCAACAAGCUGACCCAGUACCCACUGAGUAUUUAUCUCCGUGUGAGCCUUCUCCAUGUGGUACUAAUGCUGUCUGUAAAGAACAAAACGGCGCCGGUUCAUGUAGUUGUCUCCCUGGAUUUGAAGGGAAUCCUUAUGAUGGAUGCAGAUAUGAAUGCACACUUAACACAGACUGCGCAUCUAAUAAAGCAUGUAUUCGAAAUAAAUGCCAAAAUCCUUGUCCUGGAUCUUGUGGACCAAAUGCAGAAUGUUUAGUAAUAAAUCACCUUCCUAUGUGUACAUGUUAUAAUGGUUACACAGGAGAUCCUUUCAAAUACUGUAAUUUGAUUCCUCCUCAAAUUGUGCAGUCUGAGCCCUAUGCUCCUUGUGUUCCAUCACCAUGUGGACCUAAUAGUCAAUGUAAAGAAAUAAAUGGACAAGCAGUUUGUUCAUGUCUUCCUUCAUAUCAUGGAAGCCCUCCUGGUUGUAGACCUGAAUGUGUAUUAAGUUCUGAAUGCAGUGAUAUUCACGCAUGCGUUAAUCAAAAAUGUGUCAACCCAUGUCCUGGACCGUGUGGUUCAAAUGCUAUUUGCAAAGUUAUAAAACAUAACGCAAUAUGUUCCUGUCAACUUGGGUAUCAAGGUGAUCCAUUCUCCCGUUGUUAUUUAAUUCCACCACCACCGCCACCACAACAAGAUGAAGUUAUUUACUUAAACCCGUGUGUUCCAUCUCCAUGUGGUUUAUAUUCAGAAUGUAGAGAUAUUGGUGGAGUACCAUCAUGUUCAUGUUUAUCACAAUAUUUCGGUAGUCCACCGAAUUGUAGACCUGAAUGUGUGAUAAAUAAUGACUGUCGAAGCAAUUUAGCAUGUAUUCGAGAGAAAUGUCAAGACCCAUGUCCAGGAUCUUGUGGUAUUGAUGCAUACUGUAAUGUUAUAAAUCACACUCCGAACUGUGUAUGCCGUGAAGGUUUCAUUGGAGAUCCAUUCACAUCGUGCUAUAUAAAACCAGUACAAGACAUUCCAGAACCUGUUGAAAAAGACCCAUGUUAUCCAUCUCCAUGUGGACCAAACGCAAUAUGUAAUAAUGGCCAAUGUUCAUGUAUUAAUGAAUACUAUGGAGAUCCAUACUCAGGUUGUAGACCAGAAUGUGUAAUUAACAAUGACUGUCCAAGAGACAAGGCUUGUGUUCGUAAUAAAUGUAUGAAUCCAUGUAAAGACACCUGUGGUGAAAAUGCUAUAUGUGAUGUUUAUAACCAUAUACCAAUGUGCCGCUGUCCAGAAGGAACAGAAGGAAAUGCAUUUAUUAGAUGUUCGGCAUUACAACAAGCACCAAUCGAUGUUCAUCCUUGUUAUCCAUCACCAUGUGGACCAAACAGUCACUGUAAAGAAAUAAAUAGUCAAGCUGUAUGCUCUUGUAUCAUUGGAUAUUUGGGAGUUCCGCCAUCAUGUCGACCUGAAUGUACUGUUAACUCAGAUUGUAAUAGUAAUAAAGCUUGUUCUAACCAAAAAUGCAUUGACCCGUGUAUUGGAGUAUGUGGUGUAAACUCAAAAUGCCAAGUUAUCAACCACAGUCCCAUUUGUAGUUGCGCCCCCAGUUUUACGGGAAAUCCAUUUGUUCGAUGUUACCCAAAACCUGCUGAUAUCCCUCAACCUGUUGGAAAUCCUUGUAUUCCAUCGCCUUGUGGACCAAACUCUCAAUGUAAAGUGCAAGGUGAAUCGCCAUCAUGUUCUUGUUUACCUGAAUUUAUUGGCUCACCUCCAAAUUGUAAACCUGAAUGUGUAAGUAAUAGUGAAUGUCCAGUUCACUUAUCCUGCAUAAACAUGAAAUGCAAAAAUCCUUGCAUUGGAGCCUGUGCCCCAAGUGCUGAAUGUAGAGUAAUAAGUCAUACACCAAGAUGUACAUGCCCUGUUGGACAUAUUGGAAACCCGUAUUCUGAAUGUACAAUAAUUCAAGCUGAUCCUAUCCCACAAGAAUAUUUAAAUCCUUGUGAGCCAUCUCCGUGUGGCAUAAACGCCAUUUGUAAAGAACAAAACGGAGCAGGAUCUUGUUCUUGUCUACCUGAAUACUUUGGAAAUCCAUACGAAGGAUGUAAGCCUGAAUGUAUUGUAAAUGCCGAAUGUCAAUCCAACAAAGCAUGUAUUAGUAAUAAAUGUAAAGAUCCAUGCCCUGGAACAUGUGCUCAAAAUGCUGAAUGUCAAGUUAUUAAUCAUUCGCCGACAUGCACAUGUUAUAAUGGGUAUACUGGUGACCCAUUCCGAUACUGCCAUAUCAUACCACCACAACAAACUGAAGUACAGCCUAUUUAUCCGUGUACACCAUCUCCUUGUGGACCAAAUAGUCAAUGUCGAGAAAUAAACCAGCAAGCAGUUUGUUCAUGUUUACCAAACUAUGUAGGAAGUCCUCCCGGAUGUCGCCCAGAAUGUGUAUUGAACGCAGAAUGUUCAGCAAGCCUCGCUUGUAUUAAUCAAAAAUGUAAAAACCCAUGUGAAGAUCGGUGUGCACAAAAUGCUAACUGCAGGGUGUUCAACCAUAGUCCUGUGUGUUCGUGCACUACUGGAUAUACUGGAGAUCCAUUUUCACAUUGUCAUGCUAUACCUCCACCACCACCACCACCACAAAACGAACCUAUUUAUGUAAACCCAUGCAUACCAUCACCAUGUGGAGCCUAUGCUAUAUGCCAAGACAAUGGAGGUACUCCAUCAUGCUCCUGCUUGGCUCAAUACAUUGGAUCACCACCAAACUGUAGACCAGAAUGCAUUAUGCAUUCUGAAUGCCCUAGUAAUGAAGCUUGUAUUAGAGAAAAAUGCCAAGACCCAUGUCCGGGAUCAUGUGGCUGGGGUGCACAAUGUAAUGUAAUUAACCAUACACCUAUGUGUACUUGUCCAGAGGGAUAUGAAGGAAAUCCGUUUACAAAAUGUGACAUAAAGCCAGUAAUUCAAGCUCCAGUCUACUCAGAUCCAUGUAAUCCAUCGCCUUGUGGUCCAAAUGCUCAGUGUAAUAAUGGCGAAUGCACAUGCUUAAGUGAAUACCAGGGAGAUCCAUACACUGGAUGUAGACCUGAAUGUGUACUAAAUAAUGAUUGUCCACGAAACAAAGCAUGCAUAAAAAAUAAAUGUAUAGAUCCUUGUCCUGGAAUUUGUGGGAAAAAUGCCAUUUGUGAUGUUUAUAAUCAUAUACCGAUGUGUCGUUGUCCAGAAGGAAUGCUAGGCAAUGCUUUUGUUUUUUGUAGUCCAAAACAAAACGAACCUGAGAUAUAUGAGCCAUGUAGACCAUCCCCUUGUGGACCAUUUAGUCAAUGUAGAGAAGUCAAUAAACAAGCAGUUUGUUCGUGUGUGACGGGAUAUACUGGAUUACCACCAUUAUGCCGUCCUGAAUGUAUUUCAAGUUCAGACUGUAGACAAAAUCAAGCAUGUUCCAAUCAAAAAUGUAUAGAUCCGUGUCCAGGAACUUGUGGUAUAAAUGCUAAAUGCCAAGUUAUAAGCCACAGUCCAAUAUGUAGCUGCCCAACGGGAUAUACUGGAAAUGCCUUUAUGAAUUGCUACCAAAUUCCUGCUGAUAUACCAUUAAUAGUGGGCAAUCCAUGUGUCCCAACACCGUGUGGACCUAAUUCACAGUGUCAAGUAAAAGGAGACACACCUUCUUGUUCGUGUUUGCCUGAGUUCAUCGGAUCUCCUCCAAAUUGCAAACCAGAAUGUGUCACUAAUAGUGAAUGUUCCUAUAACAAAGCAUGUAUGAAUAUGAAAUGUAAAGAUCCUUGUCCGGGAUCAUGUGCAGUCAAUGCUAUAUGUCAAGUUUUAAGUCACACUCCUACUUGUCAUUGUCAACAAGGUUAUGUUGGAAAUCCAUUUACAUUCUGUUCAGUUCAACAAGCCGAUCCUAUACCUCAAGAAUAUAUUAAUCCAUGCGUACCUUCACCAUGUGGUGUGAAUGCAGUAUGUAAAGAACAAAACGGAGCAGGAUCGUGUACUUGCUUACCAGAAUAUAUAGGAAAUCCUUAUGAAAGUUGUAGACCUGAAUGCACAAUUAAUUCUGAUUGCGUUUCCAAUAAAGCAUGUAUGAUGAAUAAGUGCAGAGAUCCGUGUCCAGGAACAUGCGGUCAAAAUGCAGAAUGUCAUGUGGUUAACCAUUUACCAGUCUGUACUUGUUUAAAUGGUUAUAAUGGUGACCCAUUCAAAUAUUGUUCAGUUAUUGUACCACCACAAGAUUCUCCAAUAGAACCGAUAAAUCCAUGUUAUCCGUCACCAUGUGGACCGAAUAGUCAAUGUAAAUCCAUUAAUAACCAAGCAAUAUGUUCAUGUCUGCCUACAUUCAUUGGAAGUCCCCCAGGGUGUAGACCAGAAUGUGUAAUGAGUUCGGAAUGUAAAAGUUCUGAAGCGUGUACAAACCAAAAGUGUUCUGACCCAUGCACUGAUAUUUGUGGAAAAAAUGCUGAUUGCAAAGUCAUAAAUCAUAGUCCAAUUUGUACUUGCCGACCUAAAUUCACUGGAGAUCCAUUCACUCACUGUUUCCCAAUACCAUUACCAUUGCCUCAAUAUGUGCCUACCGAAUAUGUGAACCCAUGUAUACCAUCACCUUGUGGUCCCUAUUCGCAAUGCUAUGAUAACCAAGGAGUACCAUCAUGCAGUUGUCUUUCUCAAUACACCGGUAGCCCACCAAAUUGUAGACCAGAAUGUGUUAUGAAUUCAGAAUGCCCAUCUAACAAAGCAUGUAUAAGCGAACAUUGUAGAGAUCCAUGUCCAGGAUCAUGUGGUUACAAUGCUGAAUGUAAUGUCCUUAAUCAUACACCAAUGUGUGUCUGUCCAUAUGGCAUGAUUGGUGAUCCUUUUACUAGUUGUUAUUCUAAACCACAAGAAAAUAUUCCAGUUGUACACAGUGAUCCGUGUAAUCCGUCACCGUGUGGUUAUAAUGCAGAAUGUAAUAAUGGUGUAUGUACUUGUUUAUUAGAAUAUCAAGGAAAUCCUUAUAUGGGAUGUAGACCUGAAUGUGUUAUAAAUAAUGACUGUCCGCAAAAAGAAGCUUGUAUAAAAAAUAAAUGUAAAGAUCCUUGUCCUGGAAUUUGUGGACAAAAUGCUAUUUGUGAUGUAUAUAAUCAUAUACCGAUGUGUCGAUGCCCUGACAAAAUGUCUGGAAAUGCUUUCCUUCAAUGCAAGCCAGUUGAAAUUCAAGCUCAAGUUUAUCCAUGUAACCCUUCACCUUGUGGAUCUAAUAGUCAAUGUAGAGAAAUUAAUAAUCAUGCUGUAUGUUCAUGUAUAUCAAAUUACAUUGGGUCGCCUCCUCUGUGUAGACCAGAAUGUACUACUAAUUCUGAUUGUAAUCAAAAUGAAGCUUGUAGUAAUCAAAAGUGUAAAGAUCCAUGUCCUGGAACAUGUGGAAUAGGAGCUAAAUGUCAAGUUAUUAACCAUAGUCCAAUAUGCAAUUGUCCAUCAGGAUAUACAGGAAAUUCUUUUGUCCACUGCUAUCCAAUCCAAGCGGCCCCAGUUGAAGUACUCAAUGAAAACCCUUGCAUACCAUCACCAUGUGGAUUCAAUGCUCAAUGUCAAGACAUUGGAGGUCAACCAUCAUGCUCUUGUUUGCCUCAGUUUAUCGGUUCUCCUCCAAAUUGUAAACCAGAAUGUGUAAUCAAUAGUGAAUGUCCAUAUCACUUAGCAUGUAUAAACAUGAAAUGCCGAGAUCCAUGUCCAGGAUCAUGUGGCCAGAAUACAGAAUGCAAAGUCAUUAGUCACGCCCCACAAUGUUAUUGUUUAUCUGGUUAUACUGGAAAUCCAAUAAUACAAUGCAAUAUACAACAUGCUGAUCCGAUUCCUCAAGAAUAUUUUAAUCCAUGCCAACCAUCACCUUGUGGUUCAAAUGCAGUAUGCAAAGAACAAAACGGUGCUGGUUCAUGCACGUGUUUACCAGAAUACUUUGGUGAUCCAUAUAGAGGAUGCAUGCCUGAAUGUGUGGUUAAUUCAGACUGCCCACAAAAUGAAGCCUGCAGAAGAAAUAAAUGUGAAAAUCCUUGCCCAGGACUAUGUGGUCAAAACGCAGAAUGUCAAACAAUUAACCAUGUGCCCAUGUGUACAUGUUCCAAUGGAUAUACUGGGGAUCCGUUCAGAUAUUGUUCAUUUAUACCACCGCAACAAACUCCAAUUGAACCAACUAAUCCAUGCAGUCCAUCGCCUUGUGGACCAAAUAGCCAAUGUAGAGAACUUAAUGGUCAAGCGAUAUGUUCAUGUCUUCCAGAAUUUAUUGGAAGUCCUCCUAGUUGUCGACCGGAAUGUGUAAUAAGUACUGAAUGUAAUCGUGAUAAAGCAUGUAUAGGACAAAAAUGUAAAGAUCCAUGCCCCGGAAUGUGUGGUCAUAAUGCCAAUUGUCAAACUAUUAACCAUAGUCCUAUUUGUACAUGUACUUCAGGAUACACUGGAAAUCCAUUUUCUCAAUGCUACCAACUACCAAAACCUCAAAUACAACAAACUCCACUAGAACCAUUGAAUCCAUGUAUUCCAAAUCCUUGUGGACCAUAUUCAAUAUGCCACGACCAAGGAGGUUAUCCAUCGUGUUCCUGUUUAUCUCAGUACAUAGGCACUCCACCUAAUUGUAGACCCGAGUGUGUUAUUAGUGCUGAAUGUCCAAGCAAUAAAGCUUGUAUGAAUGAAAAAUGUAAAGAUCCAUGCCCUGGUUCUUGUGGGGUUGGAGCUAUUUGUACUGUAAACAAUCAUACACCUAAUUGUUACUGUCCAAGUGGAUAUAUAGGAGACCCAUUCCAUUCAUGUAUGCUUAAACCACCACAAAAUGAUCCAGAAAUACCAAAUAUUGAUCCAUGCUACCCAUCACCGUGUGGUUCAAACGCAAACUGUAACGAUGGCAAAUGCACUUGCUUACCAGAAUAUCAAGGAGAUCCUUAUGUUGGAUGUAGACCUGAAUGUAUAAUAAACGACGAAUGUCCUAGAAAUAAAGCUUGCAUUAGAAAUAAAUGCAAAGAUCCAUGUCCAGGAACUUGUGCACAUAAUGCAAUUUGUGAUGUGUAUAACCAUAUUCCAAUGUGUAGAUGCCCCGAAGGAAUGUCUGGAAAUGCAUUUAUAGACUGUCAACCACAGCAAGUUUCUGUGGUACAUGACUAUUGUAAUCCUUCACCGUGUGGUCCAAACAGUAUUUGUCAAGAAAUAAAUCAACAAAGUAUGUGUUCUUGUAUAACUGGAUACAUCGGAUCUCCACCAACUUGCCGUCCAGAAUGCACAGUUAAUUCCGAUUGCAUUUUGAGUAAAGCUUGUAGUAAUCAAAAAUGUCGAGAUCCUUGCCCUGGAACAUGUGGAAUAAGUGCUAAAUGUCAUGUUGUUAAUCAUAAUCCAAUAUGCAGCUGUCCUCCUGGCUUUACAGGCAAUGCAUUUGUGCAAUGCACUCAAAUACCGGUUAUUGAAGAUGAACCAGUUCGAAACCCAUGUGUUCCUUCACCUUGUGGUCCAUAUUCACAAUGUCAAGUUCAAGGAACGUCUCCAUCGUGUUCUUGCUUGCCUGAAUAUAUUGGAUCACCACCAAAUUGUCGACCUGAAUGUGUUAGUAACAGUGAAUGUUCGUAUAAUUUGGCUUGUAUAAAUAUGAAAUGCAAAGAUCCAUGUCCUGGAUUAUGUGGAGAAAAUGCCUUAUGUCGUGUUAUCAGCCAUUCUCCAAUGUGUUACUGCGUACAUGGUUAUACUGGAAAUCCAAUGGUUCAAUGUGUGGUUCAACAAGAUGCAGUUGUAAUAAGAGAUGAUCCACAUCCUUGCACUCCAUCCCCCUGUGGAGCAAAUGCCCAAUGUAGAGAACAAAAUAAUGCUGGCUCGUGUAGCUGUUUACCUGGUUAUUUUGGAAAUCCAUAUGAAGGUUGUAGACCAGAGUGCAUUGUUAAUACAGAUUGCUCUCCGAGUAAAGCUUGUAUACAAUACAAGUGUCAAAAUCCUUGUCCCGGAAAUUGUGGAUUGAAUGCAGAUUGUCAAGUGGUUUACCAUGUAGCAUCAUGUGUUUGUAAUCCAGGUUACACGGGUAACCCAUACCAAACCUGUAAUUUUAUAACACCACAAGUUACUCAAAUGGAACCAAUAUACCCAUGUAUUCCAUCACCAUGUGGACCGAAUAGUCAAUGUAGAGAAUUAAAUAAUCAAGCUGUAUGUUCUUGUUUACCAUCCUUUAUCGGAAGUCCGCCUAUGUGUCGUCCUGAAUGUACAACUAGUGCAGAAUGCCCAACAAAUUUAGCAUGUGUAAACAAGAAAUGUGUAGAUCCUUGUCCAGGAGUAUGUGGACAAAGUGCUAAUUGCAGAGUUGUAAAUCACAGUCCAUUGUGCAUAUGCAAUUCAGGAUUCACAGGAGAUCCAUUUUCUAUUUGCUAUCCAAUACAAAGUAUUUACCUCAAUAUAAUUAUUUUUUUAAUAUAAUAACAAUUUCUAAAAUAAAUAAUUAUUUAUAUAGAUUCUCCAGAACCUCAACCUCAGCCACCGAUAAACCCGUGCAUACCAUCACCAUGUGGUGCCUAUUCCCAAUGUCAAAAUUACGGAGGUUCUCCUUCGUGUUCAUGUCUCCCAUCGUAUAUAGGGUCUCCACCAAAUUGUAAACCAGAGUGCACAAUUAAUGCUGAUUGUCCAAGUAAUGUGGCGUGUAUUAGAGAGAAAUGUAGAGAUCCGUGUCCAGGUUCUUGUGGAUUGAACGCCCAUUGUCAAGUGUUAAACCACAUUCCUAUGUGCAUUUGUCCAGAAGGCUAUUCUGGAGAUCCGUUUAUGAGCUGUUACAUCAAACAAAAACCACCGAUUCAACAAGCUUCGGAUCCUUGUAAUCCUUCUCCAUGUGGAUCAAAUGCUUUAUGCAAUAAUGGCAUUUGUACGUGCAUUUCCGAAUACCAAGGAGAUCCCUAUAGCAUAUGCAGACCAGAAUGUGUCCUUAACAAUGAAUGCCCUCAAAACAAAGCAUGCAUACGAAAUAAAUGUAUGGAUCCUUGUCCAGGAACCUGUGGUCAAAAUGCUUUGUGUGAUGUUUAUAAUCACAUACCAAUGUGUAGAUGUCCUCCAGGAAUGAAUGGAAAUGCAUUUAUUGAAUGUUUAACAUAUCAAGCUCCAAUUGAAACAAACCCAUGCCAACCAUCCCCAUGUGGUCCCAACAGUCAAUGUAGAGAAGUUAAUGGCUAUUCAAUGUGUUCUUGCCUUAAUGGAUAUUUUGGAACACCGCCAUCUUGUCAUCCUGAAUGUUCCAUUGAUUCUGAUUGUAGUCAAAAUAGGGCAUGUUCAAAUCAAAAAUGCCGUGACCCAUGUCCAGGGGCUUGUGGAGAGAAUGCUCAAUGCCACACUAUAAGUCAUAGACCACAUUGUACAUGUCCACCAGGUUUCACCGGAAACGCAUUUUCUAGAUGCUAUGUACAACAAUUACCACCAGAACCAAUACGAAAUCCCUGUGUACCUUCGCCUUGUGGCCCAAAUUCUCAAUGCCAAGUUAAUGGAAAUUCUCCAUCAUGUUCAUGUGCACUUGACUAUAUUGGCUCGCCGCCAAACUGUCGACCAGAAUGUAUCAGUAAUAAUGAAUGUGCUUAUCAUCUUGCAUGUAUCAAUAUGAAAUGUAAAGACCCGUGCCCCGGUUCAUGUGCUUCAAAUGCUAUAUGCAAAGUAAUUAGUCACACUCCAAGAUGUAGCUGUCCACCUGGUUAUAAUGGUGAUCCAUUCACACAGUGUAUUAUAAAACAAGCGGAACCAAUUCAAGAAAUAAUAAAUCCUUGUAGACCAUCACCUUGUGGUCCCAAUGCGUUAUGUAAAGAACAAAAUAAUGCUGGUUCCUGCAUCUGUCUACCUGAAUAUUAUGGAAAUCCUUACGAAGGAUGUCGACCUGAGUGUAUGGUUAAUACAGACUGUAAUGCUAACAAAGCAUGUAUGUCAAACAAAUGUAAAGACCCAUGUCCAGGAACUUGUGGUAGUAAUGCUAAAUGCCAAACUAUUAACCACAUACCAAUGUGUACUUGUUUACCUGGUUAUGUUGGAGAUCCAUUUAAAUACUGUCAAAUUAUACAACCACAACAAGUUGAAAUUGUACCAAGUUAUCCAUGCAUCCCAUCUCCGUGUGGUCCAAACAGUUUGUGCAAAGAAAAUAACGGACAAGCAAUUUGCUCGUGUUUACCAUCCUAUAUAGGAACUCCGCCUGGAUGUAGACCCGAAUGUGUCACUAACGCUGAAUGUGUGCAAAACAAAGCAUGUAUAAAUCAAAAAUGUGUAGAUCCUUGUCCAGGAACAUGUGGACAAAAUGCGUAUUGCCAAACAAUAAACCAUCAUCCAAUAUGUAAAUGUAGUUCUGGUUACACGGGUAAUCCAUCUACAUACUGUUCCUUAAUACAACCUGUACCUGUUCAAGACACACCUGUUAUUGUUAACCCUUGUUCGCCUUCACCUUGUGGACCUUACUCUCAAUGUGUAGCAUAUGGCAACUCUCCAUCUUGUUCGUGUUCACCAACAUAUGUUGGUAGUCCACCAAACUGUAGACCUGAAUGUGUUGUUCAUGCUGAGUGUCCAAGCAAUAUGGCUUGCAUGAGAGAAAAAUGCAGAGAUCCGUGUCCAGGGUCUUGUGGUUUAGGAUCACAGUGCAAUGUAAUUAACCAUGUACCAAUUUGUACAUGCCCAGCUGGUUAUAUAGGGGAUCCAUUUGUCAGCUGUUAUAUAAAACCAAGCCCACCUCCAAAGCCACAAUAUACAGACCCAUGUUAUCCAUCUCCAUGUGGACCAAGUGCUACAUGUAAUAAUGGAAUUUGUUCAUGUAUACUCGGUUAUCAGGGUGACCCCUACCGUGGUUGUCGACCGGAAUGUGUUUUGAAUGAAGAUUGUGCUAAAGACAAAGCAUGUGUGAAAAACAAAUGCGUCAAUCCAUGUGUAGGCACUUGUGGAAACAAUGCAAUUUGUGAAGUUUAUAAUCAUAUACCAAUGUGCCAUUGUCCAUCUGGAAUGACUGGAAAUGCAUUUAUUACAUGUCAUCAAAUAAUACUGCAAGAACCAGUGAUACAAAAUCCAUGUUCGCCUUCACCAUGUGGUCCAAAUAGCCAAUGUCGAGAUGUAAACAAUCAACCAAUUUGUACAUGUUUACCUACUUUCUUUGGAUACCCUCCCAACUGUCGACCUGAAUGUACUGUUAAUUCGGAUUGUUCUAUGAACACUGCUUGUUUAAAUCAGCGUUGUAGAGACCCGUGCCCGGGAACUUGUGGUAUGAGUGCAGAAUGCCAAGUCAUAAAUCAUAAUGCAAUAUGUAGUUGUCCACUACAUUUAACAGGAGAUCCAUUUUCGAAAUGCUACUAUCCGGUUGUAUCAAAACCACAACAAGAUCCGAUUAACCCUUGCGUACCGAGCCCAUGUGGACCUUACUCAGAAUGCCGUGUAACUUCAAACACUUACACGUGCACAUGUUUACCAAACUACCAAGGAUCACCUCCACAGUGUCGCCCAGAAUGUAUUUCGAAUAGCGAUUGUAGAUAUAAUUUAGCAUGCAUCAAUAUGAAAUGCAAGGACCCGUGUGUUGGAUCGUGUGGUUUAAAUACUGAAUGUCAUGUAUAUAACCAUAUACCUCAAUGCACUUGUCUUCAAGGAUUUGUAGGAAAUCCUUUCGUAUCAUGUCAUAUUCAUCAAGCACAGCCUGUUCAACCAACACCGACAUCACCAUCGGAUCCUUGUUACCCCUCACCGUGUGGACCUAAUGCUAGAUGUCGUGUUGAAAACCAGAAUGCUAUUUGUGAAUGUUUAUCAGAAUAUCAAGGAAAUCCGUACGAGUCUUGUAGACCAGAAUGCCUUGUUAGCUCUGAUUGCACCAUGAACAAGGCUUGUAUUAGAAAUAAAUGCCAAGAUCCAUGUCCGGGUACAUGUGGCAUAUCUGCUAUAUGUUUUGUGUCAAAUCAUAUACCAAUAUGUUCAUGCCCAGAAAGUUUAACUGGUGAUCCUUUCCAAAUGUGUCACCCAAUACCAGUUAGAGAUCCAAUUCCAUCUGAUCCAUGUGUUCCGUCACCUUGUGGACCAAAUACUCGUUGCCGCAUAAUGAAUGGUGCUGCUAUCUGUGAAUGUUUACAAGGAUAUGAAGGAUCUCCAUCAACAAGUGGAUGCAGGCCUGAAUGCGUGAUUAGUCCUGAUUGUCCUCGUAAUAGAGCUUGCGUUAACAAUAAAUGUGUCGACCCGUGUAUUGGAGUAUGUGGGUAUGAUGCAAUUUGUCAAACUAUUAACCACAGCCCGGUUUGUUCUUGUCCACCACCCACUAUUGGAGAUCCAUUUGUUGAAUGUAAACAACAACCAGCUUUGCCAAGUGACCCAUGUAACCCGUCCCCGUGCGGUAGCAAUGGCCAGUGUAGAGUAAUCGGAAAAAUUGCAUCUUGUGUUUAUCCGGAAUGUAUUAUUAACCAAGAUUGUCCAAGAGAUAAGGCUUGUUUCACACAGAAAUGCCAAGAUCCAUGUCGAGAUGUUUGUGGAUUAAACGCCAUUUGUCAAGUAGUAAAUCAUAAUGCUCUAUGUUCAUGUCCACCAGGAUACUAUGGAGAGCCUAAACAACAGUGUAUAAUACAACGAUCACCAGAACCUAAGCCAGAAUGUACUACUGAUGGAGAAUGUUCCAACGACAAAGCCUGUAUAAAUUAUGCCUGUAAAGACCCGUGUCAAGAAUCACCAACUACUUGCGCGAGAAAUGCAUUAUGCUAUGUUCAGAAACACAGAUCAGUGUGUGUGUGUAGAGAUGGAAUGACUGGAAAUGCUCAAAUACAAUGUGUAGAAAUUGGUUGUCGUGCUGAUACCGAUUGUCCACCAGAAAAAUCAUGUGUUAAUGGAGAUUGCGUUGACCCGUGUGCUUACACUCAUUGUGGUAUAAACGCACUUUGCCGAACUGAUGGGUACCACAGAGCUAGAUGUUAUUGUCCUCCCGCAUAUGAAGGAGAUCCAUUUGUAGAAUGUAGAAGACCUGAAUGCGUGGUCGAUUCAGACUGUCCGUCAACAUUAGCUUGCAGAAAUCAACAUUGUCAAAGUCCAUGUGAUUGUGCUCCGACUGCGUUGUGUAACGUGGCUAACCAUAUUGCUACAUGUAGAUGUCCACCGGGUUACAUAGGAAAUCCUCAUACUUCUUGUACUUUAACUCCACUCGCUAUUCCACCUCAGUGUACAAUGGACUCGGACUGUGCUAGUAAGUUGGCCUGUUUCAACGGAGAUUGCAAAAACCCAUGUUAUGAGAUAAAACCAUGUGGGCCGAAUGCUGAGUGUAUUGUAGUAGAUACGUUACCUCAUAGAACUAUGUCAUGUCAGUGUAUUCCAGGCUAUGUUGGCGAUGCCGACAUCCAAUGUAAACUAGGUGCCCCAUCAUCGGUAGGUUGUAUCUCUAAUGACGAUUGCCAACCGACAGAUUUGUGCUUAAACCGUCAAUGUGUUAAUCCAUGCACUGUAUCCAACCCUUGUUCAUCUACAGCAAUAUGCACAAUCAAUAAUCACAAAGCCGUUUGUAAAUGUCCAGACGGUCUUUCUGGUGAUCCAUUCAUCAGUUGUUACAAAGUACCAUUGGCUACACCAGAAUGUACAACAGAUUCUGAAUGCCCAAGCUCUAAAAUAUGUGCCAACCAAUAUUGCCAAGACCCGUGUCAAAUAUCUAAACCAUGUGACACUACUGCUGAAUGUGUUACAAUUAACCAUCGACCAAUUUGUAAUUGUCCAAAUGGAUGGGCAGGAAAUCCUCAAAUUCAGUGUUAUAAACCUGGUUGCAAGACCGAUAGCGAUUGUGUUUAUGAUAAAGCAUGCAUCAACAGCAAUUGUUUGAACCCGUGUUCUACUCAGAGUUGUGGACAUGGAGCUGAUUGUAUUGUACAAGCCCACAAAGCUCAUUGCAUUUGUCCGGCAGGUACACAAGGUUCACCAAUGGUAUCUUGCGUAUCAGUAGUGUGCCAAUAUAAUGAAGACUGUGCAGAUCAUGAAGCAUGCGACAGAUUAAACAGAAGAUGCAGACCUGUCUGCGAACAAGACACUUGUGCUGAGCAGGCAACAUGUCUAGCCCAAGCUCACCAACCAACAUGCACAUGUCUGAAUGGUUUCCAAGGCAAUCCUUACAUUGAAUGCAUUGAAUCAAGAGUACCAUCAAUAACUCCUGAGUGCACAACUGAUUCUGACUGUCCAUCACAACAUGCUUGUGUAAAUCAGAGAUGUCAAAAUCCUUGUACCAUUUCUGUACUCUGUUCUCCAGAUCAAGAGUGCCAUGUUCAAGAUACAGUUCCAUACAGAACUAUUAUGUGUCAAUGUAGAUCAGACACUGUAGCCACUAUUGAUGGCGGCUGCAAACCAAUAGUUUCCAUUACUCCUCAAUGUAAAAGCGAUCAAGAAUGUCCAUUGUCAGAAAGAUGUGUAAAUCAAGGAUGUGUAGAAGCAUGUCGAAUCGACCCAUGUGGUAUAAACGCACAAUGUAUCUCACAAAACCAUCAAGCUGCUUGUUCGUGUCCACCAGGAUAUACAGGAAACCCACACACAGAAUGCUCACUUCAACAAUCGAUUCCAAUACUACCACCUUCGCCAGAAUGUACGAAAAACGAUGACUGUGCGUCAGACACAACUUGCGUCAACCAAAGAUGUGUUAGUCCGUGUACUUUAGGAGACAGUUGUGGCCGUGGGUCAUUCUGUCACUCACAAAACCACCAACCCGUUUGCAGAUGUCCCAACGGUUACACCGGAGACCCUCGCAUAGCAUGCACUCCACCAUCGUCAGUACCAACCGUAGAAUGUGUAUCGAGCACUGAUUGUACUGCAGAAGAAUCAUGUAUCAACAGAAUGUGUGUGAGUCCAUGUAAUUGCGGACCUAACUCGGAUUGCAAAGUUAAUAAUCACUAUCCUAGUUGUAUUUGUAAGCCUGGGUAUUAUGGAAAUCCCCAACAAGGCUGUAUAAAAAUGGGAUGUAUAUCAGACGAUCAAUGUGCUUACGAUAAACAAUGUUACAACGGCGAAUGUGUUCCACCGUGUUUGUUGAGUGAUCCUUGUGCACCAACUGCAAAAUGUUACGGUGACAAUCACCGUGCAGCGUGCCAAUGUCCACCGGGUUACUUCGGAAAUCCGUUCGAUAAAUGUGAAAGAACUGAAUGUACAUACGAUGUAGACUGUCCAUCAGAUCGCAUGUGCUUCGACCAGCAUUGUAUCAAUCCGUGUACAGAACAACACGGCACUCCGUGCGCAUCAAACGCUAUCUGCUCUGUCAGAAACCAUGCCGCGGCGUGUAGAUGUCCAGAAAACUUCCCGAUGGGAGAUCCAAAUACUUACUGUGAACGUUUACCACCACCUUUAUUCGGUGAACCAGAAUGCAAAAUUGACGUGGAUUGUGCCAGUCGUCUUGCAUGUAUCAGAGAAAAAUGUGUGAAUCCGUGUCAUGAAAUCAAACCUUGUUCAAAUAGUGCCACGUGUGCUGUCUUGGACAGUGUACCAGUUAGAACAAUGACGUGUACAUGUUCCGAAGGAUGGGUGCUCAACGAAGGUGGAGAAUGCAGACAAGUUGUUGUUUCCUCACCACCGGGAUGUACUACAAACGACGACUGUCCGUCAAACGAAGCAUGCCUUAACCGACAAUGCCGUAAUCCUUGUAAUUGUGGUACAAAUGCCCAAUGUUUCGUUCAAAAUCACCAUCCGGUUUGUUCUUGCUUGGAAGGUUAUGAUGGAAAUCCAAACUUUGCUUGCAGAAUAGUGGGAUGUAAGAGAAAUUCCGAAUGUGAAUCUGGCAAGGCGUGCAUCAACGGCCACUGUCUGAAUCCAUGCAUAGUUGAAGAUCCGUGUGGCCCGAACGCCGAAUGUUUCACGGUUGCCAGCCGCCCCGAGUGUCGGUGCAAGAGCGGUUAUCGGGGAAACCCGUAUGACCGGUGCCUGGUGAUCGGUUGUCGCAGCAACAACGACUGUCCCAACGACCGGUCGUGCAUCAACGGCCAGUGUAUAAACCCGUGCGUGUACGAACACCCGUGUUCGUCGCAAGCCGAGUGCAAAGUACAAAACCAUUUCGCCCUAUGCCGAUGUCCCCCGGGAAUGGCAGGCAACCCGUACGUGGCCUGCAGACAGGAAGUGCAACCAGAGUGCAAGGAAGACGCCGACUGUCCGUCGCUGUUGGCCUGCUUCGACAGUGUGUGCCGUAACCCGUGCACCGCGCUGGAACCGUGCAAACGGCCAGCCGAGUGUGUGGUGAUCGAUUCGCUGCCGGUCAGAACCAUGAUCUGCGAAUGUCCCAGCGGUUACGUGAGCAGCGGCAGCGGUACGUGCAAAAUCACGCCACCGAUGACGGCCGUAGCCUGUACCGCAGACACGCAAUGCCCGUCUGACAGGGCUUGUCUGAACGGCAGGUGCAUAGAUCCGUGUAACUGCGGCCCGAACUCUGAGUGUAGAGUGUGGGAUCACAAGCCGGUAUGCUCUUGUUUGGCCGGAUUUGACGGCAGCCCGGAGAUCGACUGUUCGAGAGCCGGAUGUCGAAGCGAAUCCGACUGUUCUGGUCAACACACCUGCGUCAACCGUAUCUGCGUGGCUGUGUGCGCCGCGGACGGUAGCAGUUGCGGCACAGCGUCUGAAUGUUAUGGCAUCAAUCAUCAAGCCGUGUGCGAAUGUCCACCCGGAAUGGCCGGAAACCCGCAGAUAGCCUGCGUGGUCGCCGGCUGUCGGUCGGACACGGAUUGUCCUAGCGACAAGGCGUGCAUAAACACCAAAUGUAUCGAUCCGUGCACCAGAAAUAAUCCAUGCGUGAAGCCAGCCGAGUGUACGGUGUACAAUCACCGAACAGAUUGCGCUUGUCCACCAGGUUACGUCGGAAACGCCGGAACUACUUGCAAACCAAGUACGUUUCCAAAAGACGCCAGAGAGUCAGAGCUCGAAACGGAAAUUAAUUUUGAAAACCUUUUUUCUUUAGUCGAAACCGGAUGUCAAAGCGAUUCCGAAUGUCCAUCACAGACGGGUUGCAUUAAUAAAUUGUGCGUGAGCCCGUGCGACGUUUCUUCGCCGUGUGGAAUUAACUCUAAAUGCAAAGUCCUCGACACCUUCCCGAUAAGAACAAUGACGUGCGAAUGUCUACCGGGUACACAAGGAAAUGCAGCCAUACGAUGUGACGAAGUUUCAAAAUGUCCAAUUGAUAAAGGCUACGUGAGGAAUGAUGAAGGGGAAUGUGUGUGUCUUCCGGGCACAGCCCUGAACCAAGAAGACGAAUGCCGUAGGUGCGUAGUCGAACUGGGAUACAAGAUCGAUGAACGCGGACAUUGUGUAUGCGCUCUGGACAGAGGAUUGAUCAUUGACGAGAGAGGACGUUGCAUAUGUCCGACCGAACACGGUUACAGUUUGAACAUCUAUGGACAAUGCGUACCGAAAAACACAACACAACUCAGGACGGACUUCCCGAGACCGGACAUGGUCGUCACGUGUUUAUCGGACGGAGUACAAGUGGAAAUCCAUAUAACAGAAAAAGGAUUUAACGGAGUGCUUUAUGUGAAGGGCCACAGUAAGAACGAACAGUGUAGACGAGUCGUAUCGAUGGCGCAAGACUCGUCGCCCAGAACGGAAAUAUUCAAAGUCAACUUUGGAAACUGCGGACUUAUACACAUCAACGGCCAGGCUAGUUUUGUGUUGGUCAUACAGAAACAUCCGAAAUUGGUAACUUACAAAGCUCAAGCCUAUCACAUACGAUGCGUGUACAACACCGGAGAACAGAACGUCACGCUCGGCUUUAACGUGUCCAUGUUGACCACGGCUGGUACGAUAGCGAACACCGGACCACCACCUACGUGUCUGAUGAAGAUCGUCACGCACACCGGACAAGAAAUCGAUUCAGCCGAAAUAGGUGACAACUUAAUGCUACAAGUGGACGUCCAGCCGUCGAGCAUCUACGGAGGAUACGCCAGGAGCUGUGUGGCGAAAACGAUUGAAGACAAUGUAGAGAACGAGUACAUUGUAACCGACGAGAAUGGGUGCGCGACCGACCCGACGAUAUUCGGCGAGUGGGACUACAACGCAGACACCCAAUCGCUGUUGGCCGGUUUCAACGCGUUUAAAUUCCCAAGUUCCGACAACAUACGAUUCCAGUGUAACAUACGCGUGUGCUUCGGCAAAUGCCAACCGGUGAAUUGCCGCGGCUACAACGCGUUCGGAAGACGCAGAAGACGUGAAAUAUCCAAGAACGACAACGGUCCCGACGACGAUGCCCUCGAGUCUGUCCAGCGAGGACAGCUGAGAGAAGAGAUCACCAUCGAGUCGAACGCCAUUUUAACGUUCGAACGCAGGGAAGAACGACUGAUGGAUCCGACUGAAGCUCCAAUCAUUCAGCCCGCCGAGGACAUUUGCGUGUCAGUCAUCGGACUCAUCGUGGCCCUUGUCAUCACGGCCCUGCUAGCGCUGGUGGCCGUGGCCGUGGCUGUUUCGUGUUGGCUGAUGGCCUACAGGAGAACGCCGAACGUCAACGGCCCACUGCCGCAUCCGACCCAAGUGCCGAAUCCGAUGUUCAUGAAUCAUGACCGGACGUCUUCCGAACCGUCUCCGGAUUACCUGACAUGAUGAAAACAACGAAGACUAAGACGACGACGAAGACGAUUUUUGUUUUUCCGUCGUCGUUUACGCGACUAUACCUAUAACUUCUAUUAUUUUAUAAAAAAAAAUUGUCUCACCUUACCGCCCCCUCCCCCACAUAACAGUCGGGUAGUAAGCGCCUAACAACAUUUUAUUAUUAUAUUAUUAUUAUUAUUUUAUAAAUACCUAUACACUGUUUUACGACUGUUAAUCGUUUGCCAUGUUUUGCGCUCGACAAAAGUCUCACGGGCCUUUAAUUAGCUGCAGACACUCGCCGUUUAAAUUUUAAAUAAUAAAUAUCAUAAAUUUAAUAAUUUAGUACACAUCGUAAUGAUAACGUAAUAUUCUAAACUUUGGGCUGGGAAAACGUAACGAAAAGGGGAUCUAUAUCUGUAACGACUAUAAUAUUCGAUACUGUAACGAGACGACGAGUGUUCCCCGAUUAAAGGCCUUUCUGUGAACUAGACGCGAUAUAAUUAGUCAAAACUACUCAAUUAAAACGUAAAUAAUUAUUUCUAACGUACAUAAUAUUAUUAUUCAUGUUUUAAUUGUUGUAUGGACAUCUCUUCCGAACGCUUACACUGCGCGUUUCGUAGCUUAAUUAAAUAGGUAUCUCACGCACAGACAUAAGUCAUUUUUGAAAAAAUAUAUAUCAUACAUUUAUUAGAAUAUUCACAAUCCGAUGACGUGUUGUGCGAUACAUUUCUUCGAUUGGGUGACGUUUGAAGUAGUGAGCUUUCGGAAGACUUGUUCACUUUUAGUUUUAAGGUAAAUAAUAUGUGUGUGUAUGUAAUAUAUUAGAAUUAAAUUUGUAUAAUCGUUUAACAUUUUAAUCGAAUGUUGUGUAUGAAAGUGUGAUAUAUGAAUAACUAUUAAUUUAUUAACAAAAUAAAUAAUUUAAAAAAAAAA